GUGAGAGCGAGGCUUGGAACGCAUUGAAAUCCAGUGAGCGGUCCGCGUGAAUGGUUUGACACGAGAAGAGGAAAGCGGUGACCGGUGGGAGGAGGACAGGACAGUGAGGUGAGAGAGAGAGAGAGCGGAGAUAGAGAGAGAUAGAUAGAUAGAUAGAUAUAUAGAUGGCGGCAAUCAGCGUGUGUUUAGUUAAACAGACCGCCUUAGCAGACAGUGUGCUGUAUAUAUCGGUGCAGACAAGCCGUCAGCUGGUGUAACACACAGAUAAUGAAUGGAUAUCAGAGCCACACUGAGACCAGGCUUCCAUUUAUACCGUGUGAGGGCCCUGCCUGAUAGCAUGCCUGGGGUAGGGUAAUGGGCUCUCACUAAGGCUACUAAACUAAUGUAACUAUUGCAGCUGUCCCUGGCUUAACCAUAAUGUGGCUCCAUGUAAUUAGACCAAAUAUAGCAAAAGUCAAUUGUUACACAGUGUGUUUGUGUUUUGUCUUUCUAAGUUACAUUUGCAGUGAUUUUUCGGUAUAGUAACUUAUACGGUGGAAGCCCCAAUGUUUUGUUUUAAAUAUUUGGUGACUUGUAAACUUUUUCUUUACUUUUUGGGGCGCCACUCUAAACUGUGGAUUUUUCCGGAUCCUGUAUUCUUUUCCUCGCAUACAAAUAUAACUUAUUGAUACUUUGUAAAAAGUGGUGCCCUGCAAUAUGUAACCUAUUUGUUUUUAAGAAUUAUUAUUGGCAUGAGUAUAGCGCCAACUUAUUCCGCUGCACUUUCCAAUAUUAUGAAUGGUGGAACUUUAACAAUAAAUGAGACCAUUGCAAAAUGUUAUAGGAACAACAGGUUGAUGAGGAGCGAGAUUACAAUCUAGAGGAGGUAUGGUAUAAAAACGCAACAAAAACUGCAUUGAAAGGGAUAGCAACUAUGAAGCAGAACUAGAGAUGACAGUGGAGUGUGGCCUUUUCAGAGAAAUAGGUUUGUGAAAUAGAAGUUACCCUGGGAGACCAUGAGCAUCUUUCAAGAGCUUGGUUUUGAGGGACUUCUUAAAUUAUUGAAGAAUAGGGGGGAAUCUGAUGGAGGUAGGCAGACUGUUCCAAAGGAAAACAGCUGUCUGCCAGAAGACUUACAUGCAGAUUUAGCAUUAAAGUUGCAGCAGCGGACAAGAGAAGGUCACCAGCAGAGCGGAAAAACCAGGAAGAAGUAUACCUACGAAUUAGUGAAGAAAUGUAACCAGAUCUAGAGCUGUUGAGAGCUUUAUAGCAAAGGAUUAGUGUUUUGAAUUGACUCCUGAAGGGUGCAGGAAGCCAAUAUAAGGCUUGACUGGGGGGAAGGUGGGGUGUGAGAGAAGAAUCAGCCUGGUGGCAAAAUUCAUUACAGACUGUAGUAAAGCAAUACCGUUUCUGGGGAGAUCAAUUAGGAGAGAAUUACAGUAAUCAAUCUUUGUGUAAGGAAAAGGUGGAAUCGGCAAAAUGUGGCAACAGACUUUAAAUGUGAGACCGAUCUUGCAAGGACAGGCUGAUGCAGGUACCAUCAACUUGUAGGGAGAGUGAAAGAUGAGGAAUAGUAUUAUAAGGAGGAAAAAUAAGAUGCUCCAUUUUAGAAGGAUUUCAUAAAACGGGAGGACAUCCAAUCAGAGAUGGAAGAAAGGCAAGUGGUGACAGGUUAUAGGAGAGUGGGAGAGAGAUCAGGGUAGGAGAGCUAUAUCUAUCUGGGGGUGUCAUCAACAUACUGAUUGUAGCAGACUCCAAUGGAGUUAGUAAGAGGCAGUGUAAAGCAAAAACAAAAAGGGACCAAUAACAGAUUUUUGGUGGACAGAGACGGGACAAGUGGAGGAGGUAUCAUUGGAAAAGGAGACUCUGAAUGAACUUUGGGAGAUGAAGAACAAGAACCAAGAGUUAGUGUUAGAGACCGCGGGAUUGAGAGUUUGAAGGAGGACAUGAUCAACAGUGUCAAAGGCAGCAGAGAGGUCAAGAAGAAUUUGUAUAGAGAAGUGACCUUUGCAUUUAGCCUUGAUUAGAUUAUUCGUUCCAUUUAAUCAGAGCAGUCUCAGUAAAGGGGCGGAAGACUGAUUGAAGAGGGUACAAGAGAGAGUUGGAAUUGAGACAGCAAGUCAGGUAAGUAAAGACAAGUAGUUCCAGAAGUUUUGAGGAAUAAUGGAGCAGGGAUAUUGGACAAUAGUUGGAAAGAGAUGACUUUUUAAUGACUGGUACAACAGUAGCACGUUUAGGGGGAGCGGGGACAAUGCCAGAUGAAAGAUGGCAGUUGAAGGUAUGUGUUAAGGAUGGCACAAGAAGGAUGAGAGAUCUGUUGAGGUGAGAGGACAAGAAGCACAGCCGCUUCUGGUUCAGUAGUUUGGAAGAAGGGUAGGAAAGGCAUGGUACAAGAAUCACGAUAAUUAGUUAACCAACCCAAAAUACAUUGCUUUGACUAGUUAGAGGGACACUAGACACCAGAAUUACUUCAGUUCCUUUCAACUGGGUAUAGUUUUGAACAGCUUAAAGAAAUAUCGGAAUCACCAGGACAGUUACAGCCUGUUGUAGUGACCAUGGUGCCAGGAAUGUCUAGUAUCCUCCAAUUCUAAUAGUCAAACUGUUUGCAAGAAGUUUGACAACUUUCCUUGAAUCUUCCAUGUACCCGCUGCCUUGUGUGUAGAUGUAAACUUCUACAGGGAGCUUCUAUUGGCUCUACUGAGCUUAAGGUCUGUGUUGUGUAACACCGGCUCUUUGCAGAGAACUUCAGCUGAGUGCUCUCUGCCAGUGAAAGCCUCCAUGUACACCUGGACUAAGCUCUGUGCAAAGCUUCCCGUUUGGGCGCACACUAAGUAAGUUGUCAAAAUGUUUGCAAAAAGUUUGACAUUUUACAUGAGAGGUACCUGUGUAAUGGUACUUUUAAGAAGUCAUUUAAAAUAUUUUAUCUUAGUAAUUUAAAAAAAAAUAAAAAAUUCUGGUAGGUAUUUAUACAUUGAUAAUGUCACUUUACAUUUUUCCUUGUUGUGAGAGAAGUAUUAAGACAUGGUUAUUUGCCAAAGUGUGAGUAUUUGGAGUUUAUGCCAAAUGAGGAGAACUGAAAGCAUGGUGAUUUUGCACAUUUUUAGUUUUAGCUAUUGUAACCUAAAUGUUGACAAUGGCUAAUUCACACUAGUAAGUAACCCUUAAUGAAACGUUCUUAACCUGAUGCUCUCCUACUUCAAUAUCACCAUGUUCUUCUUCACUUGUUUCUUCAGCUUCUGAUGACUUUAGCUUUUGGUUUCUGGCACAUACCAUAUCAUUUGUAUAUUUUCAUACAGAGACUCAAAUCACCGGUUUAACAGAACUUUUCACAAGGUCCAUCAUGGAUUUAGGCACAAUAACAUGCCUCCUCUCAUAAGCCAUCGCAAUGGAUUUCUGUUGGGGAAAUUCAAAUUCAAGACCAAUGCUCAUCCUUUGCCAUUUUUGCUAGUACUUCCUUUCAUGUAUAUCGUGUUUUACUAGGUGUUUUUGUUUUUUUUCUUUAAAGGAGCACUCAACAUUUUAAAAUGUGUGCUAAAAUUACUGUCCUCCUAAAAAAAAAAUAUAUAUAUAUAUAACUUUUAUUUUAAAACGGGUGAUCUUAAGCAGUAACUAUUUACCAGACUUGUGCUGGGCAAAUAAAAAUAGUUCAUUCAAAAAAAAUUGUGGUCCGGACAAAUAGUUUCAACCAUGCAGCUUUUUGGUUUGAACAAACUUCAUCAGAGAUAAUUUCCGGUGAAAAUAUUUGGACGAACCAAAAAUGCUCUUAUUGGUGUACUGAAGUGCAAAAAUGGCUAAUAUAAUAUUAUGUGUGUGUAUGUUAUAUAUAUAUAUAUAUAUAUAUAUAUAUAUAUAUAUAUAUAUAUAUAUAUAUAUAUAUAUAUAUAUAUAUAUAUAUAUAUAUAUAUAUAUAAUGUGUAAAAAACAGAUAAAAUUCUUAUCUUGUAAUACCUUUUUUAUUGGACUAACAGAAUUUUUUAAUGACAAGCUUUCGGGAGAACCUCCCUUUCUCAAGUCUGAAGCAUUUCUGAGCAAAACGACACAUUGAAUUCAAAAUUAGUUUUUGCUUGAAAAAAAAUUGUCCCAUAUAAAAAUAAAAAUACAUUACAAAUAUAUUUACAUCAUCUUUGGACUAUCACGGCUACAAUCUCUACUUGAGCACUAUAUAUAUAUAUAUAUAUAUAUAUAUAUAUAUAUAUAUAUAUAUAUAUAUAUAUAUAUAUAUAUAUAUAUAUAUAUAUAUAUAUAUAUAUAUUACACAGUUUAAACGGUUUUCUUACAGCUCCUUUUUUUUUUUUUUUUUUUUGUCACUUUGUUCAUUACUUGUUUUUGUAAUAUGUCGAUAUAGCGUUUCAGAAUUGCAGAAUUCUGAUGAAUCUCAAUUCAUUUGAAUGCACAAGUACAAUUACUAACCAACCGCUGUUUAUUUUUUGGAUCUUGUGUCAUUUCAUCAUUUAUUUAUUUUAUUUUUUUGUUUGUGUUUGUUAGAAAUGUCAGACUUGCAAAGUCAAAACACUUUCUUCAUCGACACAACCAUUAAGAAGAGGAAAGAAGCCAAUGAGAAGAAAGUAAUUUUGGCAUGGGCUCUCCUGAAUGCAUCAUUAGCAGGGAUGCUUUACUCAGAAAUGUGAGUCCAAUGUUAAAUAUAAAUAUAUUUUUUAAAACCGAUUUUUAAAGAAGUAGCAUGACAUAGAUCUUUCAAGAAUAUUCCUAAUUACUGUAUGUUUGAUUUAUCAUAGGUCCGGUAAAAUGAUUAGUUCAUACUUCAGUGUUUCAGACUGGCCGCUGUGGUACAUUGGUAAGUCAGAUUUCCUGGUUUUUGUCAUCAGCCAAAAAUAGGUCAAGCCUUCUAGAACAUAAUGUGCAUCCAUUUCAAAAUAUGGCGAUGUAAACGCCUACUUGUUACUUUCUAAUUUAAUUUGGAUUGGUGAUCAAAAUGUUCAAGAGACUGUUUUAUGCUGAUUUGCCUCUGUCACUCACAUUAAUUGUAUAUGAAAAUACUAUGGAAACCAAAAAAAGAUAAUUGGGAAAGGUUUGAAGGGAAACUGUCACUUUUCUUGAGCUCUGCCUUUUUCUUUCAUUGGUUAGUCAUUCUCCUUGCAGCUAAGCUACUUUGGAGUUAGAUUUUAAAUUCUUCUUCAAUUCUCACUUAAAUAAAUAACCCAGAGUAUGUAGAGUUGGAGAGACAGAAUAUAUAUUUAAAGGAAAAAAAAAAAUUAAGCCAUUGAUUUCUCAAUACGUUUUAGUCAGGGCACACUACACUAGGAAAAAAAAAAAGAAACCAAAGCAUUGUUUAACACAAUUAAUAGGUGGGUUUUUUUUUUUCCAAUAUCUUAAUCGCUGGUGUAACAAAAAGAGAACAUGAAAUGGGCAAAAGUUUGUAGAAACUCAGUAGCUUGCCCUCUGGUUAGUCCCCACUCAGGGAGUGCCCUGUAAUGCAAUUCAAAGAUAUGCAGUUGUAAGUAUACAAUUUGUGGUAUUUGUCUACUUUAUAAGAUGCUAAGUGAUAAAGGGAAUUUGCAAAACCAUUUAAGCAUGUAUUGCAUUUUAAAGAAGCAAACUAAAGACCAUAACCACUACAGCUCUUUGGUGCAAAAAGUAUGUAAAAUUGUAUAACCGAUUAGUCCAUCCAACUUUGAAUGGCAAUGAAAGACUACCUGCACUAGACCACGGCUUGACAACUCUCAGGCCGCCAUGUCCUGGCACCUGGAUUUGUCAGCCCGUCCCUCUGUUCUCGUGCAAAUCUCUGCUCGCCAGGAGAAAGUGAAGGGAACUGUAAUUACUUCUCCUGGGGCUAAGGCCACGUAGGGCAAUCGCAAGGUGACAGGAUAAAGGUUUGACAUAACUCGGCUGGGCAGAGCCCACAGCCUGUUUUUCCCAUAACCAAUGCAAUCUGCUGUAAUGGUUAUGGUGCUUAGAGUGCAUUUUAAUACCUGUACGAAGACCAGUACUGAAACUUCUUUCUCAUCUCCAGAAUUAGGUUUUGCAUUUGUAUUCAGCAUGAAUGCCUUGUAUGAUUUUUGCCAUUAUUUCAAAUACACCAUGACCUCUCCGAGCCUUGCUAUGAGUCCAACCCAGCAAAAGCUACUUGGAGUACCUGACUCGUGUAAGUAUGAACAAAAUAAUGGUAAAAUAUAUGCCACAACCUUUUAAAUUCUACUCCUGGUUGUUGCCAUUAGAAAAUAGUCUAAUUGGUGCUUCAUAAUUUUAAUUCAGUUUAUUUUUUUUCAUUGUAUACUGUAUUUGAAGUCUGACUAAACUAACACUAUAGCGUUAGGAAUACAAAUGUGUAUUACGAAUGCUAUAGUGCCCUGGUGACCGCAUAGAUGGCUGGCCCCUAGCUACAGGGAGAAAAAAAAGUGCUGCUGUCCCAACUCCUUGGCUGAAGUCAUUGAAAUAAAUGCAAUAUUUUUAAGCUGCAGGGUUAAUUUGGGAUUGGAGAAAGGGUGGGGGGAUGAAGUGCUCUGGGGCACCUAUAGUGUCCAAUUUAAUGGUUUUCAUGAAGAAACAAUGAAUUAGCAGUGUGCAGUGAUUGCCACGCAUCACGCAGUCAUCGUAACUGAUCUCAGGAGAGGGGAAGCAGUUGCAUUACAGGCAAGUUUAAUGGUUUAUAUUUAUUAUUUUUCCUUCUAAUAUUUAGGAGUAGCAAUCAUAAUCUACAUCAGUAAAGCAAUAUACUACGUUUUAAAGGAACAAUCCAUGCAUUAACCACUAACAUAUUUUCUAAUACAAUCUACAUUUUCAGUUGUUUAUGAAAUCUUGUGAUAUGUCCUUAUGUAUGCAGCAGAUGUGCCGCUUGUAAGGAUAUCUAUAUUUUUAUGUAUUCCUUUUUAUAUAGCAGCAGAACGUACACAUGGGUUGCAACAUCCAUGGUAGACCGAUAACAACUUAUUGGACUUUAAUAAUGUCCAGUAAGGAAUAGAACUCCUUCCCACUUGCAAGUUUAUAACUACUGAUUCAUCUCCUCAUACUCCUGCUCAAACAAGUUGAUGUCUGAGGGACAUAAUGGUUAACUAUAUCCUUGCCAAGCAUCAGAAUCUUCUGUUUGAGGACUUCUGUGAGCGGAGUUUAGCCUUUUAAGCAGUUUGCUGGAAUGCAUGUGUAUGUGUUAUGUAUUUGACUGAGAAUCACAAUGAUGCUCUUGUAGUAGUUUGAAGGUAUCCGUGUGUGCCAGAAUCAUGAUGACAUUUCAUAAAUGCUUCUGCAAGCCUGUCUGACUGCAGUGUGAGUGUCAGUAUAGGAACAACAUGUCACUCAGCCCCUCCACAUAAGAGGUCUUUUUAGAUGAGGAACUGUGUUUGUGGGUUUUUUUUGGCAAUAAAGCCUUUUCAGCCAAGGCAAACUUUAGGUGUCAGCAGUGCAAAACCGAAAGAAAAGAGUGACAACGUGAAAUAAACAGAAUAAAUGAACAGUAGGAAAAACAUGUAAUCCCUAGAAACACAGGGUGUGAGAAUUCACAGGGCAACCUCACCACUCCCUACUGCAGUAUCCUUAGUCAGGUUUCUCUGAGUCCCCAGCAUUCCCUUGGAACAAAAGUAGUCACUCAACUGGGAUCUCACUCAUGGGUCGUGGGCUGAACAGUCAUCUUAGGGCCGAUGGUGUACAGGCCUAGGGACUGUAGGAAUGUUAAGGGCUCUGCAGCCAUAGAGAGCAGGUGGCUUAUGUGACCAUAAGGGACCAGGACGUUCCUUACUGGUAUUCUAGACCUGCUCUCUGUAGUUUAGUGAUAGGUGUGGGAGAUCUGCACCACUGUAGUGUGGCUGUGGUUAGGUCUUGGUAGAAGGUUAGAGUUUCCUCUUCGAAACUGUAUGGCGUCUUGCCUUGAAGAGCUGACAUAAGGAGGAUUUUUGCAUGUGUAGAAGGGCAUGGUAUGUGGAGCAUGUUUGGCUUGCAGCAUACCUCAUUCAAGGCCUGCGCAGACAGAAGUAUUGAUGCAACUAAACGACAAAGGUAAUGUGGAAGUUCCUCAUGAGUAAGAGCGUCAGGGAUGCCCCCUUUUUUUUUGUGGUUGCGCCUGUUGUAGUCCUCCAUAAUGGCCAUUUGUGUAGUGACAUAUUGUGUUGUACCUUGGACAUAUUGGAGGUAUUGGACUGUGUUUUGUAGAGUAGAUAGGGCUGCUUGUAGGUCUGAGGUGUCUCCAUAGAUCUAAUUCGGUCUGAGAGCGUUUGAACGUCUAGCUUGACAGCCUCCAUAUUGGCAGCAAGCAGUUUUUGCAGAUCCUGCAGGAGAUUAUGAAUGUCUAGUUAAGUGGCAAUGGCAGAGGACUCUGGGAUUAGGUGCAAGGUUCUGGAGUUGGCAGACCUCUGUUGAUUAGGUGGACUUUCAGUAUCAAGUGAAGGUUGUAAAGGUGAAGCCUCUGUCUGUUCCGCGGCAGCCAUCUUAUGUUGCACCUAGUGUUUGAGUAAUGCACCAUGAUCAUUUUAAAUUUGGUGACCGGAAUAAUGGCAUCAGUUAGUGCCGGAGCCCACCCAUAGGAAAGAUAUGGACUACUCGCUGUUCAAAGGGCAGGAUAAGGCUUGUUUUUAGAGUGGUUUUGUGGGAGCCACAAAAUGUGCAUCUGCUUCGACUGAACAGCAAGCUCCACCCCUCAGGAGCUAAAAUGUUUAUAUAGUAAAAUAACUCUUUAUGGUAGGAGAGCCAUCUACUACUUUAAUACAAUUAAGAAAAAGUAUUUAAACAGUGCUGUCCAUUCUUGCUACUCUGUAUAAAAGUGAUACACAUACUAGAUUAUAGAUUUACAGGCAAAGUAUUCAACUUCUUUUUGUUGCAUGUAUGUCUAGAUGUAUCUUUUGUUUAUUGCACCUGAUGUCGUCCUUGAAUUGUCACUGUGGAAUAUGUUGUAAAAUAACUCCUCUAAUUUAUUACAGUUGUACAGGCCUCUCCACCUCGAGAUCUUGUGAAAAAUGUUCCAAUGUCUACGCCAUCACCCAGCAUGCAAGGCCAGAAUGUGUUAAGCUUCAGUCCAUCCCGAUCACCUAGUGCCAACCCAAAGUUUUCUAAUAGCUGCAUUAGUGGGUACAGUCCUCCAAUACAGACCAUGUUGCCUAGUAGUGGUGGUUCGUUUUCAUCUGCUUUGCCUUAUUCAUCAAAUAGCAGCUUCUCCAAAGUAAGUGUACCUUAAAACUUGAUUUAAGCAUAAAAUGCAUAUCACUGUUGAACUUCUGUCUGCAUGCUCUAGCCUUAAACAUGGCUGUUAUAUCAGUCUCAGAAAAACAUUUCCUUGUGCUCCUGUUAUACAAAGCAAAUAUAACUUUUAUAUUUUUAGUAGUUCUUUAAAAAAAUUCACUUACUGAAGUAGAAACUUAAUUUGAUUAUACUUGUUUUGGUUUGUUUUUCAGCAUAGUGUUAUAUAUUGAUUAAUUUAGUAUUAAAGGAAGACUCUACCCAAGUAGUCUUGCAUUUUUGCAAAGAAUACCUUGCACCAAUAAUAUGCAUUUGCGUGGCUCAUAACUGCAACAGAAAGUAAGUCACUGGAGUUAUAAACUCUCAAUUCUGACCUACCUGCGUUAAACUUUGUCCUGGUCGUACUUGUAGUGUGUGCAGGUUGUGCACAACCUCCAACAGAACCAUUAACUGUAGAAGCAGUGUUCUCUCUUAUAAGACAUACGUUUAUGAAAAACCCCCAUUUACCAGAAUGAGUCUCCCAAUGGGUUGGAAGAAAGGUUAGGUAGAAAAACCUGAAAUGGUCAGAUUUCUUAGAUAGGAAUUCUGUAUAUAGAAUCCUGUUAAAGAAAUGUCUCUGCCAAUUAUGUAUGCUUAAAUAUUUAUAAGAUUUUUUUUUAUUAUUUGUGGUCUUUGCUAUUAGAUGCAGAGUUACAGCCCUGCUCCAGGCUCACCGCAAUAUGCAAGCAAUCUUGGCCUUGCAGAAAGCAGUGGAUUGAGGUCUCGAUAUCGUUCUUCACCAUGUGCCUAUAGUUCACCAAAAGACAAGGAGGAUUAUAUGACAGAUCUGAAGCUGUUGGAAACAUUUCUUAGAUCUGAAGAGGAGAAACUGCAACGCUCUCAAAUUGGUAUUACACUAGACUUAAGAUGACAUUACAGCUAUCUGUGCUUUACUGAGCAAAUUUGUUCCAUACCUCAAGUCCAUUUACGUUAAUGUGACAAUCCAGUUGCCUUCAUUUUAGGUAACAUUUGUCGGUUAGUGUCAUUUAUACUAGGUUGUUUUAUUAGUAGACAUUAGUUUGCUCAUAAACUCAUUAAUUCUGCUCUUGCUUCCCAACCUCCAAUCUUUCCUAUUUUGCUCCAGAAAUAUUGCUGUAAGUGUAGAGAUGUCUGUUAGAUUUCUACAGGAGAAAGCAGAUAUUUGCGCUUUGGCUCCCAGAACCACUUGCCAUCGACCACAAAGCACGGCUUGGCGGAGAAGAUUAACGAUUCAUAGAAACAUAUUAUGUUAUUUAUAUAGUGCCAACAAAUUCUGCAGCGCUUUACAGUGGGUGGAGUAACAAACAUGUAGUUGUAACCAGACAAGUUGGAUACACAGGAACAGAGGGGUUGAGGGCCCUGCUCAAUGAGCUUGCAUGCUAGAGGGAGUGGGGUAAAGUGACACAAAAGGUAAAGAUAGUAUUAGACUAAUGACAGUUGCAAGAGAGGAAUCAGUCGGGAGCUAUUAACAGUUUAAUUGAUACGCUUUUAUGAAGAAGCAGGUUUUUAAUGUUUUUUUUUUGGAGAGGAGACGGGUGAGCAUCUAACAGAGGAACGGUGCAGCCCUCGUGAAGUCUUGAAGGGGAGCAUCAGAGGUGGGAGUACAGAGAGAAGAUAGACGUAAGUCUUCAGCAGAGCGUAAGGGCCUAGACGGGACAUACUUGUUUAUUAGGGAGGAUAGAUAGGUGGGAGAUGUAGAGAUUUGAAAGCAAGAACCAGAAAUUUUUAAUUGAGUCCUAUAUCUUACAGGAAGCCAACGUAGGGACUGACAGAAGGGUGAGGCAUGGGAGGUGCGGGUUGACAGGAAGAUGAGCCUCACCGCUGCAUUCAUUAUGGACUGUAACGGCGCAAGUUGGGAGCACGUAAGACCACUGAAAAGCGGGUUACAGUAGUCAAGGCGAGAAAGGAUAGUGGAAUGGACCAGGACCUUAAGUAGGGCGUUAAGUAGGGUCAGAUGCGUGCAAUGUUUUUGAGAUGGAAGCCGCAUGACUUGGCGAUAGACUGAAUAUGAGGCGUGAAGGAGUGGUCGGAGUCAGAGAACACCUAGGCAAUGGACCUGCAUGGUGGAGCUGAUGGUAGCACAGUUGACUUGGAGGGAGACAGACACAGUAGUAACACUUGUGGGAGGAAAAAACAGAAUUUCAGUUUUGGUCAAAUUUAGUUUAAGGAAAUGGGCAGCCAUCCAGUUAGAAAUAGCAGAGAGGUAGUCAGAGACACUACUCAAGAUGGGCGUGGAGAGAUCAGGAGAGGACAGGUUUGCGUGUCAUCCACAUAGAAAUGAUAUUGGAAGCCAAAGGAGCUAAUGAGUUUACCAAGGGAGGCAGUGUAGAUGGAGAACAGUAGGGGACCAAGGACUGAACCUUGGGGGACACCAACAGAGAGGAGUUGGGGAGAAGAGGCAGAGCUAGAGAAAGAAACACUGAAAGAGCACUGGGAGAGGUAGGAGGAGCACCAGGAGAGAGCAACAUCUUGUAGACCGAUAUUGUGGAGGAUGAGAAAAGGCUGUUGAUGAUAAACCGUGUCAAAAGCCGCAGAAAUGUCAAGGAGAAUCAGGAUAGAGUAGUGACCACGAGAUUUUGCAGUGAGUAGAUCAUUGGAUACUUUGGUCAGUGCUUUUUCCAGAGUGCUUAGCACGGAAACCAGACUGAAGCGGGUCUAGCAGAGAGUUGGACUUGAGGAAGUCUGUCAAUCUCACGUACACAACUCUUUUUUUUUUUUUCCAAGGAUCUUGGAUGCAAAAAGUAGUAUCGAGAUAGGACGGUAGUUGGAUAGGGAGUUGGGGUCAAGGUUGGGGUUACACUUGCAUAUUUGAAGGGUGAUGGAAAUCUGCCAGAGGGGAGAGAGCGAGAAUUUUAGUAAGAGGUAGAGAAAGCGAAGAAGACAGAGUACGGAUGAGAUGUGAGGGAAUUCGAUCUAGGGAGCAGGUGGUGGGGCGGGAGGACUUGAGCAGAGCAGAAACCUCUUCCGCUGUAACAGGUGCGAAUGAACAUAGAACAGCAGAGGGAGUGAGGUUAGGGGAAAAAGAAAGAGAGAUCGCUUCCCUAAUUGUAGAGAUCUUUUCCGUGAAGUGAGUUGCAAAGUCUGAGGUCAAGUUAGUAGGUGGAGGAGGAACAAUAGGGCGUAGAAGAGAGAAAUGUGUGAAAUCGUAAUUUGAGUUUGCGGGAGGAUGUGUGGUUGAGAGUAUGGAAGUAACUUACUUUUGCAGAGGAAAGAGCCAAGCUGUAUGAGUGCAGCAUAAAUUUAUAGUGGAGAAAGUCAGACACACAGUGAGACUUUCACCAACAGCGUUCAGCAGUUCUGGAGCAUUUUUGGAGGUAUUGAGUCAGCUUGGUGUGCCAAGGUUGUUGUUUGGGGCUCGUGCUGCAUUUAGAUUUAGGAGGUGCCAUGAUGUCUAGUAGAAAGGAGAGGGUGGAAUCGUAGGAGGUUGCAGAGCUAGGACAGGGGAGGUUUGAGAUAGGUAAGAGAUGGGAGAUUAGUGGAGAAAUGCUCUAGGUCAAGACAUUGGAGGUUUCUGUGAGACUGUUGUUCAGAUGAUGGUGUCAAUUGGGCCUUGGGUAUGCCGAUGUCAAAAGUCAGCAGAUGGUGGUCAGAUAGAGGAAAAGGAAUAUUUGAGAGAUUAGAGGCAGUACAGUAUAUUAUGAACCUUAGGCUUAUACUAAAGUGACAAUUGCUGUAUUUCAAAUAUGAAGUCAAAGUAGCCAAACUGGAAGCAUAGGCGACUGGGAGAGUUUUUCCAUUUCAGCUGGUUUGGUCUUGAAUUUAAAAUCCCAACAAUUCUCUAUUUAGUAAAUAACUCUAACAAAUAUUCUGUGCUGUAGAUUCAAGCCCUAUCUCUUUUUAAAAUUCUAAAAAAAAAAAAAACUAACAUUUUGUAUACGGCUGUGGGUUUAGUUUUUAAUUUUGCAUACUUAAUACAUUAUAUCUUCCAUCAUAAUAUUUUAAAUCUUCCCCCAUAAUAGGGAUAGAGCAACACAAUAUAUUAUUUUUUAUUUUUUUUAUUUUAUUUUUUUUAAAUGUGUUAAUGAGAGCAGGCAAGGUGCCCUAAGAAUACAUUGGAAACUUAUUUUGACGCAGUAGUGUUAAAAUCGUGAGAAAUAGUACCUUAGAAUGGCUUGAAACACCCAUUUUAGGUUCAAGCAUGGUUAAAUCCCUUCUGGUAUUGGGAAGAUAUCAAUUCCUGGAGGGGGGGGGGUGGUGGUGGUGAUCAUCAUUUAUAUAGUGUUUUGAGGGGGGGAUGUAACAAUAAAUAGGACAAUUACAAGAAAACUUACAGGAACAAUAGGUUGAAGAGGACCCUGCUCAAACAAGCUUACAAACUAUAGGAGGUGGGGUAUUAGAAACAUUAGGACAGGAAAUAUCAAGUAGGAGUGAAGCAGAGCUGGAGGCGAGAGCAGGAGACAGGUAUGUAAGGUUAUGAGAUUACUCUGGGAGGCCAUAAGCUUUCCUGAAGAGAUGGGUUUUAAGGCCCUUCUUAAAUGAUUGAAGACUAGGGGAGAGUCUGAUGGCAGUAGGCAAGCUAUUCCAUAGGAGAGGAGCCGCCCGCGAGAGGUCCUGCAAGAGCGAGUUGGCCGUACGGGUGCGAGCAGGAGGCAGAGCGGAGGGUACAAGGAGGGGCAUAUCUACUUAGUCAUCUGGGACCAUUGAAAUCAUUGUGGCUAAGGGUGAGGACUACCCACAGGUCUGGGCAUACUGUCCAGCUCUGAUUACUGUGUGGCCUGCAGGGACUUCCUAAAUCUGCUGUGAAUGGGAAAUCCGAAAUAGCUAGAUAGAAUUUUCCUCGAACACUGCUGAAAUCCGCAAAAAGUGACAUUGGUCAGUAUGGUGGCAUGGUGUCGAUCAUAAAAUAGCAUCUCUGGGGCGUAGAGGGGCAUAUUAAAAUGAGGGCAUUUUGUUUUCUUUUGAACAAACAUACAUGGUCUAUAAAACCUGCUAUGAAAAUAAUUUCAUUUGAAAAACCUUAAUUAUAAUAAUAAUAAGCACAUUUCGCUUAAAGGACCACUAUAGUGCCAGGAAAACAUACUCGGUUUCCUGGCACUAUAGUGCCCUGAGGGUGCCCCCACCUUCAGGGACCCCCUCCCGCCCAGCUCUGGAAAGGGGUUAAAACUUACCUUUUUCCAGCGCUGGGCGGGGAGCUCUCCUCCUCCGAUCCUCCUCUUCUCCUCCCCGCCGGCUGAAUGCGCACGCGCGGCAAGAGCAUUCAUAAUGCUUUCCUAUGGACUCUGGCGUGCUCUCACUGUGAAAAUCACAGUGAGAAGCACGCAAGCGCCUCUAGUGGCUGUCAAUGAGACAGCCACUAGAGGAAAUAGGGGAAGGCUUAGCCCAUUCACAAACAUAGCAGUUUCUCUGAAACUGCUAUGUUUAUGAAAAAAUGGGUUAACCCUAGCUGGACCUGGCACCCAGACCACUUCAUUAAGCUGAAGUGGUCUGGGUGCCUAGAGUGGUCCUUUAAAUUAUUAAUAGAAUGGUUAAAUGUCAAAUUUGGAAAUGGCUUUUUGUUGAAUACCAUGACCUCGAAUAGUGGUCCUAUAACUGCCAAUAAUUAAAAUUCUAGAUAUGAGGCCUUUUAUUAUUGUGAUUAAGUGAAUGUACAUUAAGGAUUUUGUUUUUUACUUGCACUUUUGUUAAAAAAAAAAAAAAUAUAUAUAUAUAUAUAUAUAUAUAUUAUAAUUUUUUUUUUUUUUUUUUUUUUUUUUUUUUUUUUUUUUUUUUCAUUCAGCAGCAGCAGCUCUGGGAGGCUAUUCUGAUAUCUUGCAAACAAAUUCAAGCAGAAACUGUCCAAAAACUCACAAGUUCAAUGGAUGAUAUUUUUCCCAUUUACCUAAAUAAUUGAUCAACUAUUAAAAGUACAAUUCAAAUUUUAUUGCACAAACCUCCUAAUGAUAAAAGUAUUUUUUUUUUUUUAAACAUAAACUUACAAUGCACUGUUUCAAAUUAUGCACAGUAGGUUUCAAAACACUUUAUAGGCUGUAAAGAACUGAAAAUUGUCAUUUGUUGUGUUUGAAAUAGCUUUUGAUUACAGUAAAUAUGUUGCAAUUAAACUUAUAACAACAUUUUAACAGGUCAAAUUAAAUUUUAACAUAGGACCCUUUAUUUGACAGCAGCUUUACAAGUCUUGCAUCCAUUGAACUUGUGAGUUUUUGAACAGUUUCUGCUUGAAUUUGUUUGCAAGAUAUCAGAAUAGCCUCCCAGAGCUGCUGCUGCUGAAUGAAUAUAUAAAAAAAUAUAUAUUUUUUCCAAAUUAUAAUUUUAUUACAGAAAGCAUAGUUCUUCCUUCUGUACCAGGGAAGAAAGUGGUCAGUCAGAAACUCCACAUACUUUGCAGAGGUCAUCUUUACACCUUCGGGGACCCUAAAGGGGCCGACCAGUUCUCUUCCCAUGAUUCCGGCCCAAAACAUGACUCCACCACCGCUUUGCUGCCGUCACAGCCUUGUUGGAACAGGGUGGCCUUCCACCAACCAUCCACUACUCCAUCCAUCUGGACCAUCCAGGGUUGCACGGCAUCAGUGAACAGGACUCUUUGAAAAUUAGUCUUCAUGUAUUUUUAUGCCCAAUGCAGCCGUUUCUGCUUGUGAGCAUUGGUUAGUGGUGGCCAAAUAGAAGGUUUAUGCACAGUUGCAAGACUCUGGAGGACUCUACACCUUGAUGUCCGUGGGACUCUAGAGGCACCAGCAGCUUCAAAUAUCUGUUUGCUGCUAUGUAAUGGUAUUUUAGCAGCUGCUCUCUUGAUCCGACGCAUGGAUCUGGCAGAAAUCUUCCUCAAUGUGCCCGUCUGGGCUCUGAAUCCGCCACAAAUCUCUUAAUAGUGCGAUGAUCAGGCUUAAAGGACCACUAUAGUGCCAGGAAAACAUACUCGUUUUCCUGGCACUAUAGUGCCCUCACGGUGCCCCCACCCUCAGGGACCCCCUCCCGCCCGGCUCUGGAAGGGGGAAAGGGGUAAUAACUUACCUUUUUCCAGCGCUGGGCGGAGAGCUCUCCUCCUCCUCCGAUCCGCCCUGCCGGCUGAAUGCGCACGCGCGGCAAGAGCUGCGCGCGCAUUCAGCCCGUCACAUAGGAAAGCAUUUACAAUGCUUUCCUAUGGACACUUGCGUGCUCUCACUGUGAAAAUCACAGUGAGAAGCACGCAAGCGCCUCUAGUGGCUGUCAAUGAGAGCCACUAGAGGAUUAGGGGGAAGGCUUAACCCAUUCAUAAUUAUAGCAGUUUCUCUGAAACUGCUAUAAUUAUGAAAAAAUGGGUUAACCCUAGAAGGACCUGGCACCCAGACCACUUCAUUAAGCUCAAGUGGUCUGGGUGCCUAGAGUGGUCCUUUUAAGUUUUCGUGAAAUAUCUAAUAUUUUCAUACCUUGUCCAAGGCAUUGAACUAUUUCACUCUCUUCGGCAGCAGAGAGAUCCUUUUGCUUCCCCAUAUUGCAUGAAAAUGGUGCUCUGCUUAAUAACGUGGAACACCCUCCUUUAGUGGUUUUUCCUUAAAUUGGGCUCACCUGGCAAUCUAAUUAUCACAGGUGUCCGAGAUUGUUUUCAGUGAUCAAGCCUGAGACACAAUGCCAUCCAUGAGUUAAAGUGAAAAACAAAAAAAUUAAUCUUUGUGACACUUAAAUAGAAUUUGCAUAAUAAUUUGGAACAGGGUGUAUAAUAAGAGUUGGUGUACUUAAUGAGAGCAGAAUAUUAAAUAAACACAGCACAUAUACCAGGUUUUGAAGUUGGGCAAUUGCCUUCGUAAACAGAAGUCCCCAAAAUGCAAAACCUUUAUUUAUAUGCACCACAUUUUAUCUAUUAAUUUUCCCUUCAUUAGUGGUUUAAUUUGACAUACAAAGUUGAAAACGUUUUGUUUGUUUUGUUGUAGGUAGUCCAGAUUCCACUUCACCUUCAAACAGUCCAACGUUUUGGAAUUACAGUCGUUCUAUAGGAGAUUAUGCCCACACUCUGACAAAGUUCCAGUACCAGCUAGCCUGCCGCUCUCAGGCACCAUCUGCACAUAAGGAUGAAGUAGAUCUUAGCUCCAAACAAGCAGCAGAAGAAGUAGGAAUAAAGAAAUGAUUGUUUAUUUGCAAAACAAAAUAUUUCACAAUACAUUCAUUCUCUAUUUACUAGAACAAUGUGUUUAGUUUUUUGUUUUAUAUAUUUGUAUAUCUCAUCUUAGAAGUAUGUUCAGAUUUCAUUCCAUACAAUGUUCUUAUGAAGUGUCCAUGCCAUUAAAGUACUACUUCAGACACCCGCAGUAAGAUGUCAAACUGUUUUGCAGCAUCAUUGCAUUCUGUCUUCUCCAGCAAGGCAAAGCAACUGCAUUCAUUGACUUGGGGCACUCUGCUGCAUAAAGCAAUACGGCUUCCCCUUUUGGAGAAGGCCAGAUGCAGUGGAUGUGGUAAUGGGCACCUGAUGGGACUUGUGUAAGUUGUCAAACCUUGCUAAAAAGGUUUGACAUUGUACUGUGGGACAGUGCCAGGGCACACUGCUUGAAAUAACUCUUGAAUGGAUGAAAGAACACUUAUCCAAAUUUGUGUAGAGAAGUUAUCUUUUAGUUCAUUCCCCCAUAAUAUGAUAUAUGGCAAUAGUUAAUGCCAUACCCACAUCAUGUAGAGAGCUGGAGGACAUAACGCAAAUAGAGAGGUUUAGCUAUAGAGUAAACAUUGGAGUAUUCCUUUAAGGCCAAGACUAUAAUCAUUGUUAGGCCGCGUGACCGUGAACUGUCAAAUCAUGCUUGGCUUUGUCAGACACACCUAUUCCUUCCAGUGUGAGAUGAUGAUGUGCUUACAGGAACACUAUAGUUUUUGGAAUACAAACGGAUAUUCCGAACCCUAUAGUGCUUGAGUAAAUAUUUAAGUUACCGGCCCCCGUGUUUGUGGAGUUAAGUUGUUUAACUUACAUUUUCUCCAUUGCAGCAACAGUCUCACUGAAGCAGUCAUCACAAAUUUAAUAAUUAUCCGUAAGAGGAAAUACUUUGUCUUCAACAUUUUCAUCUUUCUAGAUUGUGUGUAUGUGUGGUUACAGAUUCAAUUUUGAAUAUUUUCUUUUUCUAUAACUACAGGUUUGGGCACGAAUCUUAAUGAAUCGGCAUCUGUUGGACCAUGUGGAUUCAUGCACUGCAAAAUUACGAAAUGUAAACUUUUUUGAGAAAUGUACACUAUAUAUAUUUUUGUACUGUAUACCAUAUAUUUAUCAGUGCUUCUGGCAAUGUUAAUGUAUUUUGGUUUUGACCUUUUGCACCCAAAAAAAAAUAUUUUGGAGAAUGUUACACCAUAAGCUUGCCAUCUCUGCCUCACCCCUACACUCAAGAAAGACUUCCUUAUCAAAUGUAUGCACACAGUUUAAUCAGAGUGAUCUGAACUAUGCAGUAUCCUGUUGCAUUUUUACAAAACUGUAACUGUAAUGUUUUACAUUGUAAGGGUAAAACUAAAGGGCCACUGCAUCCAGACCACUUCACCGAGAUGAAAGGCCUCUUGGUGCCUUAGUUAGCUAGUUUUGUUUUUUGUUUCCCUUUCUACCCCUCUCCCCCGUUCUUUGAAUAAUACCUUAUUUGCAUUAUUCUUUAGGUCACUAAGAUGCUCCACAAACUUUGAAAUAAGAUUUAACUUAUUUUAAUCGCCUCUUUGUGACAUCACAAGAGCCUGGGGGAGGUCCAAUCAAAGGCUUCUCAUAGAUUGAACCAUUUAACCGGCUCAGAGCAUAUGUGUUCACUCUGAGCUGGCAGAUGGAGUGGGCAAGAAGAGAAGGCCAGAGGAAGAAAAAAUUAUUGAAUGCAAUAGGGAGGGGAGAUGCAAGCAGUGAAACACUGCACAUCCAGAAUCCUACCCCCAUGACCACUACAGGGCAGAAGUGGUUAUUGUUGUUGGAGUAACCUUUUAAGACUGAUUUUCUUAUAAACUUUUAUCUACCUGCUGUUGUGCAAUAUCUACCAGUUUGUCAGUAAAUGAUCUGUGUUUAAAUUGGUUGUAACUGAAUAGCAUAUAAAAGGUGAAACAUGUUUUAAUAUGAACAUGUUUUAUAUAAGGGAUACCUUCCUGUCGGUUGUCUAUGUUGUUCUGUAAUCGGAAACAACCUUCAAUUACAGAGAACCUCAAGAUUAAUCAGAUUAUUCUGGAUAUGAUGAUGCAAUAUUUGCAAUGACUAUUUAGAAGACUUUCACAAAAAACCAUAAAUAUGGCAUGUUGGAAGGAAAUGUAUAGUGUAUCAUGUGAUGAAACUUAACUUGAUUGGUUGCUCUUUACUUUUUCAGUGGAUUAAUGAAACUAUUCUGGUACCACUAGUCAGUGAAAUGGAUUCUCUGAACAUGCAGAUGAGAAGACUGGGAUGCCCUGAAUUACAGAUAGGAGGUAUGUAUAGCUUUGAGAUGUUAACACCUACAUCUCUUUAACACUAAGCCACCCCUCUUAAGCCAAAACAACUCACUAUUACUGGAGAAAUUCCUCCAGUUGAAGUUACAGCCAACACCAGCAGAGGGAUUUUCACAUGUACGUAAGAAUUUCUGUAACUUGCAUAGUUCAUUCAGCACUCUUCAAAAUGUAAAUGUGUAUGUUGAUUCAUAAUCAUGUCACAGUAUAGCUCUUUGCUACCUAAUCCACGACUAACCUCGAUCUGAUCACUGUAUGUAAUGUAUUAUCCGGCUGGACAAAAGGGACCUGCUGGAGACAACCGAUUAUUGAGGGAAUACCUAUUGACAUCACUGAUCAUGUCAUGCUUUAAAAUGGAAGUACAGCAUCGCUAAUUCACAUAACCAUAUGCAUCGUUCCAUUUGGGCGCUGGUCUCUGCUAUUCAGUAUGAAGCUACUAAUUAUGUACCCAGGUUUCAAUACAAAUCUAUGGAUCCCAGGUACCAGUAGGGAAAGGGGCCUCUACUAGUUCAGAAGUCAUUUGAAUUAAUUCUGUUAAUAUUUCAUCUUCUAUUAUUUUCUUUUGCAGAAUCCAGUAUUAGCAGUUUGAAGCAAGCGGCUCUCUUAAAAGCCCCCCUUAUACCUACCCUCAAUGUUAUAGUGCAGUAUCUGGACAUCACUCCAAAUCAAGAGUACCUUUUUGAGCGCAUUAAAGGUAAUUAUUAUUUUUGUAUAUAGUGCAAACUGAAUAGACAAAAAUAAAAUACAGUAGGUCGGACCAUAAUUUACUGGCUCUCUAUAUUUUGACACUCACAGGUGUUGCAGUAGACUUCUGUGUAUUGUCUGAACGCAAAGAGACUUGCAUUGAAAAAUGUUGAUCUAUUUAUUGUUUUUAUAAUCAUGCUCAAUAUCAAUUGAGUUAACAAAAUAGAAGUGUUAUACAAAAAUAAGAUAACCAAUAGAAAAAUGUUAAACUGGACUAUUUGAACUCACUGAAUUUGUUGUUUGGUUUACUUACAUAGAAACAUAGAAUGUGACGGCAGAUAAGAACCAUUUGGCCCAUCUAGUCUGCCCAAUUUUCUAAAUACUUUCAUUAGUCCCUAGUCUUAUCUUAUAGUUAGGAUAGCCUUAUGCCUAUCCCACGCAUGCUUAAACUCCUUUACUGUGUUAACCUCUACCACUUCAGCUGGAAGGCUAUUCCAUGCAUCCACUACCCUCUCAGUAAAGUAAUACUUCCUGAUAUUUAUUUUUUAAACCUUUGUCCCUCUAAUUUAAGACUGACCUCUUGUUGUGGUAGUUUUUCUUCUUUUAAAUAUAGUCUCCUCCUUUACUGUGUUGAUAUGUAUUUAAAUGUUUCUAUCAUAUCCCCCCUGUCUCGUCUUUCCUCCAAGCUAUACAUGUUAAGAUCCUUUAACCUUUCCUGGUAAGUUUUAUCCUGCAAUCCAUGAACCAGUUUAGUAGCCCUUCUCUGAACUAUCUCUAAGGUAUCAAUAUCCUUCUGAAGAUACGGUCUUCAGUACUGCGUACAAUACUCCAAGUGAGGUCUCACCAGUGUUCUGUACAAUGGCAUGAGUACUUCCCUCUUUACUGCUAAUACCUCUCCCUAUACAAUCAAGCAUUCUGCUAGCAUUUCCUGCUGCUCUAUUACAUUGUCUGCCUACCUUUAAGUCAUCAGAAAUAAUCACUCCUAAAUCCCUUUCCUCAGAUGUUGAGGUUAGGACUCUAUCAAAUAUUCUGUACUCUGCCCUUGGGUUUUUACAUCCAAGAUGCAUUAUCUUGCACUUAUCCACAUUAAAUGUCAGUUGCCACAACUCUGGCCAUUUUUCUAGUUUACCUAAAUCAUUUGCCAUUUGGUUUAUCCCUCCUGGAACAUCAACCCUGUUACAUAUCUUGGUAUCCUCAGCAAAAAGACAUACCUUACCAUCAAGACCUUCUGCAAUAUCACUAAUAAAAAUAUUAAAGAGAAUGGGUCCAAGUACAGAUCCCUGAGGUACCCCACUGGUGACAAGCCCAAGCUUCGAAUAUACUCCAUUGACUUCAACCCUCUGUUGCCUGUCACUCAGCCACUGCCUUACCCAUUCAACAAUAUUGGAAUCCAAACUUAAAGAUUACAGUUUAUUGAUAAACCUUCUAUGCGCAGCAGUGUCAAAAGCCUUACUGAAAUCUAGGUAAGCAAUGUCUACUGCACCACCCUGAUCUAUAAUUUUAGUUACCCAAUCAAAAAAUCAAUAAGAUUAGUUUGGCAUAAUCUCCCUGAAGUAAACUUUUUAUUGCAAAACUUUAUUUGACCUCUUCAUACUAAUUAUUCUUCCAGAGCUAUCUCAAGGAGGAUGCAUGAGCUCUUUUCGGUGGAAUGCAGGAGGAGAUUUCAAAGGUCGCAAAUGGGAUACUGAUCUACCUACGGACUCUGCAGUAUGUUUUUUUGUUUGUUUUAACUAUUUACGUUCAUCUAUGACGAAGGAAAUAAUGAAAUAAACACUAUAUAAUAUACAUAACUUAAUACUUUUUAAUUAUUUGUAUUGGUGCAAAAUGCACCAGCCCAUACAGAAAGACAUACAAUGGUAUAUUUUGUAUUUUUUUUAAUUAAAAUUAUUCUGUGAAAAAAUUAGGUUUGGUCACCCGAAAUGACCAUAUUUUGCUAUGCUCACUACAGUGUUUAUAUACCCCAUUCAUUUUUGGAUUGAUACGGAUUAUCUGGAUAGUUAUGGUGUACAUAUAUAUGUUUCUUCUGAAACUGCACAUUUUUAAUUACAUUUAUAGCAGUGCUAAGUGAAAAUGUAGCCCUUUUGAGUAUAAAUUCACCACGAUGAGUGUGCCAGAUCUGGUAGCAGGGUAAGAAAUUUCCUGCUGAGAAAAUGUGUCACAUUAAGAUUUUUCUCCAUUAUUCUAUUUAUUUUGUUUCCCCAUAUCUGCCCGAUUGUUUUUAAUGCACAUAUAACUGAAAGACACGUAUAAAAAGUAGUGCACUAAAAUGGGAUGUCUUGCCCUUUAAGAACAGUGAUAAACAGGCAGCAGAGCAGCAUAAGCAAAAACAAAAUAUAGCUCCAUUAACUAGGAACACUCUCUUAUAAAGCAUAGCCUGAUCGCAAUAAAAAGAAAGAUGUGUUGCUACGUACAAAAGCAAACCACUGUGAAUAUUGAGCCUUGUUAUCCGGCUCUGCUUCAUGUGAGUGUUACUGUUUUUUUGAGCUAUACCUCACUGGUAGACAUUGUACCAUUUGCAAUAUAUCUUGUCUAUUUUGUUUCGGCAUAUGCUGCUCUCCUGCCUAUGUAUUACUGUUAGUAAAAGGUAAGAUACUCCUUUUUAAAUUUUUUUUUUUUUUUUUUUUUAACUUCGCUGUUAUCUAGAUUUUCUAAAUUAUUUUUUAUUUUGGUGAGGGGAGUAAGAUUAAUGCUCAUAAGUAUUAAUGCGCUGCUAAUUUGUGUCUAAGUAUUUAAGCACUUUUGUUUCCCCACACUACACCUUUGUGGUUUACAUAUACAGUGGGGGGGGAGGAGGAGGGAAUAUUUGACCCCUUCGACUUAGUACUUGGUGGCAAAAUCCUUGUUGGCAAUCACGGAGGUCAGACGUUUCUUGUAGUUAGCCACCAGGUUUGCACUCAUCUCAAGAGGGAUUUUGUCCCACCCCUCUUUGCACAUCCCUCUCCAAGUCAUUAAGGUUUCGAGGCUGACGUUUGACAACUCGAACCUUCAGCUCCCUCCACAGAUUUUCUACGGGAUUAAGGUCUGGAGACUGGCUAGGCCACUCCAGGACCUUAAUGUGCCUCUUCUUGAGCCACUCCUUUGUCUUGGCUGUGUGUUUUGGGUCAUUGUCAUGCUAGAAUAACAUCCACGACCCAUUUUCAAUGCCCUGAGGGAAGGAGGUUCUAACCCUCGAUUUGAUGAUACAUGCCCCAUUCAUCGUCCCUUUGAUGCAGUGCAGUUGUCCUGUGCCCUUGACAGAAAAACACCUCCAACGCAUAAUGUUUCCACCUCCAUGUUUGAUGGUGGAGAUGAUGUUCUUGGGGUCAUAUGCAGCAUUCCACCCCUUCCAAACACGGCGAGUUGAGCUUGAUUUUGGUCUCCUCUGACCACAACACUUUCACCCAGUUCUCUGAAUCUUUCAGAUGUUCAUUGGCAAACUUCAGACAGGCCUGUACGUGUGCUUUCUUUGCAGUUGCUAAAAACGCAUGUAGUAGUAGUUGAUGCUAAGCUACUAGUGGUGUAUACCUAGCUGUGGCUUACUUUUCUGAGAGUGCACCUUAGUGAAACAUGCCCUAGACGAAAUUACUCUAAUGUAAUGUUGUUCUACAAGCUAAUGGUUAUUUCGUGGGUAUAACCUCUGGGACUUAAAGCAGUAAGCUACCACAGCACCACCAAAAUAGAGAAAAGAACCAUAAAAUCAAAAAAUAACGCAUGAUGAUAAUUGCAUGACUUUUAGCGGCAUAUAUCCGUGACAGUCACGGGUAAUGGAUGGUGACAUGACUCUGGUAGUAUUCUCCAGGCCAGAUCAGCAGAUUCCCAUGUGUGGCAGUGCUUAUUUCACUCAUUGACACGCAAAUCAAGGUAUAACUUUUUUGACUUGUUUUUCUGCAUGUUUUUUUUGUCUCACUGUUAAGGUUUCGAGGCUGACGUUUGACAACUCGAACCUUCAGCUCCCUCCACAGAUUUUCUACGGGAUUAAGGUCUGGAGACUGGCUAGGCCACUCCAGGACCUUAAAAAUACACCUACCAUUAAAAUUAUAGACUGAUCUUUGUGAGUGGGCAAAUGUUCAAAAUCAGCAGGGGAUCAAAUACUUUUUUUUUCCCCUCACUGUAAGUUUGUCAUAUUUGAUAUAAAGCAUUACCCAUUUGGAUGUGGCCUAAUUUUAAGCGUGCUUGUUUCGUUCUUUUUAUUUGGUUUUGUUGUUACCGACAAGUUUCUCAAGUAUAGUUGCACUUGAAAUUUUAACCCUGUGGCCCUGUUUGCUAUAUAUAUUUUUUAUUUAUUUUGUUAACCAGUAUGCUUGUUCCCCGCGUGCUAUGACAUUAUAUGAUUGCAUCAUUAUUAAAUCGCCUCACACACCCCUCCAAAAUGAGUAUUUCAUACAUAUAUAAUCUUUAUAAAAAAUGUUUGCAUUGACUGUUGGAAAUUCACUGAGAUUCCAACACACUCUUAAAUAUCAUAAGACAAGGUAGUGACUUCUUUGGAAUGUGUAUCUUUUCUACAUCUGACAAAAUCCCCCAUAAACCUGUUACUCUUAUGCAUGCAUGAGAGUGCAACUCUGACUUUGGCUACUGGCAGAUGUCCACCAGGCAACACCCCCGGAUUCCACAGCAGCUGGAAGCCUGGGAUGUUGUUGCUGUCAGUCCAUAAGCUGGCCCUACACUGUAGAGCUUUUCUGAAGACAGCUGACCAGACUAUUACUCCUCUCCUGGUUGCUGCAGAAAGGUGAAGAGCUGCGCGCCCAGCAGUCCCCAGGGAUCAGUCAGACCAACCAUUCUAAAGCGGUUUGAGUACUUACAAUGAGCAGACACUUCAGGCAUCGUAACUACUACAGCUAGCUGUAGUUGUUAUGGUGUUUGCUUUCUGGCACACCAAAAAGUCUGGAAAAACAAUCAACCUUUUUCUGCAAGUUUUAAAUUUUGGCAAAUAUGAUUACAUUGCAAUGCAAGUAACAUGUGCUGUGUUAAUAUAUUUUUAAUAGAUCAUCAUGCAUGUAUUCUGCACAUACCUUGAUUCUCGAUUGCCUCCUCACCCUAAGUAUCCUGAUGGAAAAACGUUCACUUCUCAGCAUUUUGUCCAGACACCAGACAAACCAGGUUUGUGUUCACAGCUGUAUGUUAAGUUGUGCUAGAAAUAUAUACUUGCUUUGCUGCUUGGUUUUUGUGUUCUUGUUGUUUGUUAUAAUUUAAACAUAAACCUAAGGAAACGCACAGUAUUACAAAUAUUUAUAUUGUUGGGAAACGGUUUGCUAUAUGCAAAUCCUAUUUUUGACCCCCUUUUUUUUUUUUUUUAAUUAAAGGAUUACUACAAAUAUAACCACUGCAGGAUGCUGUAGUAGUAGUAAUACUAAGAAUACCAUGGUGACAUUCUCUAGGAAUGGGGAAAAACAUUUUGCGAAAGUUUGCCCUCUUACGUGGGUCCUGUCUUUCUCCAAGCCUAAUAUAAUGCUAUCAUCUAGCUACUACACAGCAGCGGUAGCCGAAUGCUGAUCCCAUUGGUCAUUCAUUUAAUUAAUAAUCCUUCCAUUCGUGCAAAAGAUAUGCACGGAAUUGAUAUUAGUCAGUCGGGAAGUUUUGUUCUACACUGGCUGAUGCUGCCGGAGACAUAAACAUAAAAUAUUGUGAUACUUGGAUUAAUUCUUUAAUCCUACACUGUGGGUUACUAUCUAGCGGUUGUUGAAUCCUAAAAGCAUACAACGGUUCACAAAAUAAUUAAGUUUAUAAAAACACUUAUGUGAAUUGUAUUGUCCUAGGCAGGUGUACUGUUAAACAGUAGUAUCAUGGACAUAAAGUGUGAUUUCCUUGCAGCUAGGACAUUGCUGUGGAAAGCAUUUUGAAGAUAUUUUGGAUGCCAACGUAUUACCAGUGGUGGAAUACUUUGGCAAUAUUUUUCUUUUAUAUCUUAGUGUAGCCUGACCAUUAUAAAAAAAAAAAAAAAAAAUAGGCUCUCCUAUCUAAAGCACUUUGCUCCCUGGGCUGCCAUCGUCCGCAAAUAAAUGUUUGUAGCACUUAUAGCAAUGUUCUUGUAUUGUAUAUUAACCCCUAAAGAGGAACCGUCUGCAUGUCUUUAAUGAGAAGGUGUAAUGCAAAGUUGGGCACUAAUAUAAUUUUAAAUGCUAAAUAACAUAAUUUUAUAAUUUGUUUCUCUGUAACACAACACUUGGUAUAUGCAGGCUGUGAGUGCUGAUCUUCAAUAGCCACCAAGGUGCUCAAUGCAGUAUAAUGGGAUAAUUUUACAUUUUGUAUAUUACUUUUCAAGCAGUUCUAUCUCCAAUCCAAAUGGUAUAGUACAAAAUCCAAAGUGGUUUACAAUAUUGCUAAUACGUAACAAUGUUAUAAAAAUGAUAGCUUAUGGGGUGGGGCCUGACUCUCAAGCUGGCCAGACGUGUUUGUCUGGAGCACCGGCAAACCUGAGAUUUUUCAAAGGGAAUUGUGCUGUCUGAGAGCGGGGACCACGACGGAAACAAGAGCAAGACAUACCUACAGCCCCACUAACUCUGCUAAGCCUGCUAUUGCCCGACGGACACACCAUGUCCCUGGCCUAGCGACCCUCAAAGGCGCGCGGCCUUCUGUCUGGGGGAGGCGGCCGAUCCCCCGGCAGAGGGAAAGUGCUCAAAGCGAAUACACUGAAGCCCCGUCGCGCCCCCCCCCCCCCUUCUGGACCGUUGGGGGAUAUCACCACCUUGCAGCAACAGACCCAUCUCCAGCGGACCCUGAGCGGCACAUAAACACCCAGCGCAACGCUACCAAAAUGGCCUCUGAGCUGCAACUAAGGCAGAGCAACCUGGGACUAACUGCUAAAGAAUGAAGGGAAGCUUUUGAAGCUGUUUGAUGCAAUCUGCCUGGCGUUUUGGCUUACACUCGAAGCAAGACCUUUCCUGCCAGCUUCUCCUGCCAAGAGGGUGCCCGACUCUACCAUCCCGUCUGCCCGAUACUCUUCUGGGCUGGAAGCCCGCCAGGAGUUUACUCCAUGCCGUCCAUACACCCAAGGGGGCGCCCGGAAUGAGGAGAACCCGCGGGCCCACGAGCCGACCACAGAGAUUAGGCGGCUUCAUGGACACAAGGCAAGGGCUCUCACUAAGGCCCGGAGCCGCAGAGGUGGGAAAUCGCGACACAGUGGGAACACCCUACGAAACAGCGAACAGACCAACGAAACGCAUGCCCCCCUCCUUCCCGUGGCCAUUGACCACAAGGCCUGGCUGGGGAAUAUAAUGUCGAUCUGAGGACAAUCAUUCUGAGCAUCACAGACAAUGCCACUUUGGGGGGACAACACCAUACCAGCUGCUGGCGUGGGCUAAGUAACGUUUAGAGAUACGGAGCCACGAGGCUUGAGAAACCGCUGUUUUAUAUCACAUUAUGAUAUCUUGUGUUGUUUACGCUACCCAGUUGUUUACUAGUCUAGUCAUGUUUAUUUUUCUUAUAUCACCUCUUAUCACAAGCUCUACAUGUCUCAAAGACUCUGAUUUCAGCUCCAGUGGGAACUUAUUCCAGUCCAUCUGUUUAAGCAUGAUUAAUACUCUCAAGUAAUGCUCAUUGAUUAAGCAAGGUUAUACAUAACUCCUAAAGCCUGUUUGAUUAUGCCUUAACAUAACUAUUAAAUGGGGGCGGGGCAUGUCAGCCAAGAUGGCCAGACGUGUCCGUUGAUGGCUCCUGCUGAAUCUGCAGUAAAAUGGCUGAAAUAUCACGGCAAAACUAGUGGGACACGACUCUCUAGGCAACCCAGGGAUCACCCCCGACUACAAUCUCAGCCUGAAACCGGGUACACUGAUGGAAGCACAUUGCACCUCAGCUUAUGGCCUGCAGCAGCUGACGGCCCGGCCGGGGCAAACGGCCAAUCUCCAGGCUCAGGUCUGCCUAAGGAGCCUGAGCAGCCCUGUUUCCCCCCCUUUGGACCGGUGGGGGAUAUCCCGGUCCCCGCUGGGCACACCUACACCUGGGCAAGCCUGACAGUGCAAUUCAGUGUUACUGAAACCGCAUGGUCACCAAAGAUGGCGGACGCACUGCACCCUCUGCAACCACAUGCGAGCCUCACUGGCCUAUCAUCGAGGGAGACCUUCGAGGCUAACUUCGAGAGGCUCUGUCAGUCAUUCUGGUUCCGUUUACAGGCACACCAGGCAACCUCCCACAUUUCCCCCAGGAGCCUGGCGGCAAUGGAGACUGCUCUCCCUCCACCAGGGCGUAGGGCCCACUCGGAGAUGAAGCCAACCCGACACCCUUAAGCUAAAGGGUCUCUCUCCUUGCAGCGUCUCCCAAGUCAGACCCACGAGACAAAGCAGCGCCACAAGCAAACGGGCGGGACACGGAUGCAAAGUGGGAGAUGAGGAGCCUCCACGGCAGCACCGGUCUUGGCGACCUGAGCCAGAAGCUGCCCGAGAUACAGCUCCUAAUGGGGCCCUUCAGCACCCACGACACGCACCCUCGGACAGACUCUCCCCAGCGGGCUUACCAGAAGCCCACCACUCAGUACCGACACAAAAACAGGCCUGCUGACCGCGACAAGACCAGGGAAGCCAAUACAUCAGACUGCCUUGGGGUUCAGGGUGGGGGGCUAGCACUUGGACUCAUGUUCCCCUGGGAGGAUAAACUGCCAUCACUAGGCAUUGGUUGAACUGCCCCAGUAAGAGGGGAUAAACCCCAUAAUGCAAGCUUUGCAGUAUCUAUCUAGGACAAAGCAACUGUAUACUAUUGCAUCCAGUUUAAGUGGAAAUUGUCCUCCCAUUCUAACAUUGCAAUUUCUGGCCUUACUGUUUUUUUUGUUUAUUUCUUUUUCUCUCGCUCCUGGUAUUGCUAGGUCUCUCAACUACCUAUGCUUACACACUAGUCAAGCUAAGUUAACAUGUUACCCACUGCUCAUUGCCAGCUUAUCCCAUGCAUAGCAAAUCCCAGGAAUGCUUGUCACUUCUUAGCAUGAUGAGAAGGCCUUCGGGGUCUCCCAUGAUAGUAGCUUGUCGUAUACAUGAGGGGAAUGUUAGCUUAACCUCCAUCUUAGUCUGUUUAAAUCACACAUUAUAAACCUUGGUACCCAGCAGCUACCAAACUUGAGUCAACUAUAGUUAGUUAAGCAUUGUCAAUCAAAUUUAAGCAUGUUGUAUAACUCUCUCCUACUAUACAAGGUUAAAGUUAGACUACUCGAGAUACAAUCAUGCCUAUUGCCUUACCAUUCACUGACACAACCUGUACUAACCUGUUAUUUACUUAAAAAUGUGCAGUUCUCAUAUAUACCUCAGUAUUAGGCUAUGUGAAAUGUCUGUAUGUGUCGUCGUGGCAAAAUAAGCAUAUCUGUUAAACUUUUGCACACAAAAAAAUAAAUUAUAAAAAAAAAAAAAACAUAACAAACACAAAAAAUUGCAGUACUGCAAUGAGCCACUAUUAUCUCUUGUGUAAUGCUGGAUAUUGCUAUUGUGGCAUAUCUCCCCUGCUUGUAACCAAAUCGUUCUUAUACUAUAAAAUAGUGCAUGUUAACUCCAAUACCCUGAUUGUUAAGUGAGAUAAGCAAGAGGACUGCCGUUGGAGUACCUCAGGCCUGUGUGUACCCACCUUAUUAACUGCAAAAAUACUAAAUUAAAAAAAAUAAAGCUUAUGGAAUUGGAUGGUCCAUAUCUACUUUUUAGUUUAAUUUCUAUUGUAAUGUAAAGUGUUGGUGCUGUGGAAGGAAAAGAGGCUACAAUAAAAUAGAAUAUAUCUUAUUUUAUGUAUUCUGUAUGUUCAUCAAUACCCAUGAAACUCCUUUUGUCUAGUUUGCUGUAUACGUAACAUUAAAAUGGAUGUAUUUUCAUAACAAUCUAAAUUUUCUGUUAUUGCUUUAGAUAUGUCAAAGGAAAAUCUGUUUUGCAUUUAUCAGAGCAGCAUUACUCCUCCCCAUUAUGAACUAGUCUAUCAGAAGCAUGUCUACAACUUGCCAAAGGUAUUUCUAUGUUGUGUUGGUGUUUGUUUUUGUUUGUUCUAGAGUGAAUGCUUUUCUACUUAAUACAAAUUGUAUUGAUUUUGUAUUUUUAUUUUUUUAAUUGGUUUAUCAACUGUUACCCUACAUCGGGCAUAGGCAACCUUCGGCACUCCAGUUGUUUUGGACUACACCUCCCAUGAUGCUAUGCCAGCAUUAUGGGGGAUGUAGUCCACAACAUCUGCAGUGCCAAAGGUUGCCUAUACCUGCCCUACAUUAUUGCUAGUUAACCCUUGAAUAUUCUGGGUGGUUGUUGUUUAAAGGGACACUAUAGACACCCAGAACACUUCAUUGCAUUGCUGUGGGUGCACUGUCCCUGUCCUCUUAACCCUGCAAUGUUCCCCUUGAUUCUCAAGCCUGCAACCGAGCCAGCGCCAAGGGAUUUCUCUGUUGCAAUAAGGUGAGUGUUUUAUAACCCUUUUUUACCCUUUAAUUGCUGUGGGGGAGAGGGCAAAGGGAUAAUGUAUAUCUAUCUGUCCCUCCCAAAUCUCUUGGCACUCACCCUACAUGAAAAAUAUAAAUCUAUACAGCCCGGUUGCCACAUGCCCAUGUUGAAUAUGUAGAGGCUAAUAAAAGGUUGCACUUGGAGGUCUUCCAAAAAACAAAGUGUUUAAUAAAUCAUCAAAAUUAGAUUCGUGUCUGACGUUUCGGCGCAUUCGGCCCUUUCUCAGGAUCUUGAGAAAGGCCUGAACGGGCUGAAACUUCGGUCAGGCACUUUUGAAGACCUCUAAGUGCAACCUUUUUAUUGGUGUGUGUAUGUAUGUAUUCACAACACCCUUGGGUUCCUUUAAACAUCUGUACAGAAUAUGACCAAUUUUUUUUUGACAGAACCACUUUUCACUACCUUGGGAGAAAUCUCCAUUGUUCAAAUGUCUCCCCUCUUCUUUUUUUGUGGGGAUGGUUGUGGUUUAUACUUUUUUUAUUUUAUUUUUUUUUAGGAUGCUUAAAAUGGCACUGCAUAUUCAGGGACUGGUCUUAAAGAAAAUAGAAUAAUCUGUCCUAAUGCUAUAAUAGAGAAAAUCAAUAAAAUCCUUUAUUAAUAAAACAAAGAAAACACACACACACACACACAAACUCGUUCACUUGCCACAACCACUACUAUUGUGGUUUCGUUAUGGCAGUGCGUAAGUCUAAAUCUAAAUAUGCUAUGUGAAGGUAAUAUACAAUAGGAAGGGGAGUGAGAAAACAAAUAAAUAGUCACAGAUGCUGGGCAGAAACCCAGUUCCAGGGUUAAAUGGAAACUCCAGUGCCAGGAAAACAAUCAGUUUUCCUGGCAUUGCAGGUCCCCUCUCCCUCCCAACUCCCAAUCCCCAGUAGCUGAAGGGGUGAAAACCCCUUCAGGUCACUUACCGGAGACCCCGCCGAUGUCCGGCGGUGGUUUCUUCUCGCCGCCGCUCCUCCCCGUCAUUACAUCGGCUGGUGGGCGAGACUAAUCACGCCCACCGGCCAGGGAAGUCUUAAUGAAAGUGUCCUAAUCGAAUGCUUUCCUAUGGGGAAUUGAGCGACGCUGGAGGUCCUCACAUAGAAUGAGGACGUCCAGCGACACUCUAGCACAGGUUUUCUAGUAACCCUGCAAGGUAAUUAUUGUAGUUUAUAAAAACUGCAAUAAUUACACUUGCAGGGUUAGGGGUAGUGGGAGUUGGCACCCAGACCACUCCAAUGGGCAGAAGUGGUCUGGGUGCCUGGAGUGUCCCUUUAAGUAGUUACACCUCAGAAAAAGUGGCUGUUCAGUGCACGCAACACAGUGUCAAUUGGAAGACUAGGUUGCUAGUACACAAUAUAUUACCUAGAGUUGUUAUAAAUGUAUGCUAAUCCUCAAAGAAAGUGUCCUGAACACAGACUCUAUGCAUGAGGGUGCUAUAUGAGGUACUGUGUAUUAAAUCUCGGAUGUAUAUACAUAACCAGUGGAAUAGCAAAGAUGCAAUAAGUGCCAAGAUGUAAGAACAGCUAUCUGGGUUACUGCCCAAAACCAGUAAAAUACCAGACUACGGUCAAGCCAGUAAAGACUAAAAAAACUUUUAAAUCUCCAGCGAUAUCUAAGUAUUCUUUGAAUAUGUGAUAAACUCUGCUGACAUCUCUUGGAAGAUAGAAAAGGGUAACACACAAUCUCUGUUAAAGGACCACUCUAGGCACCCAGACCACUUCAGCUUAAUGAAGUGGUCUGGGUGCCAGGUCCCUCUAGGAUUAACCCUUUCUUUUUUUUUUUUCUUUUUUUUUUUUUAAAUAAACAUAGCAGUUUCAAAGAAACUGCUAUGUUUAUAAAUGGGUUAAUCCAGCCUCUAGUGGCUGUCUCAUUGAAAAUCACAGUGAGAAGACGCCAGCAUCCAUAGGAAAGCAUUAUAAAUGCUUUACUAUGAGACUGGCUGAAUGCGCACGCAGCUCCUGUCGCGCAUACGCAUUCAGCCAAAGAGGAUUGGAGGCGGAGAGGAGGAGGAGAGCUCCCCGCCUGGUGCUGGAAAAAAGGUAAGUUAAACCCCUUUCCUCUCCCCAGAGCCUGGCGGGAGGGAGUCCCUGAGGGUGGGGGCACCCUCAGGGCACUAUAGUGCCAGGAAAACUAGUAUGUUUUCCUGGCACUAUAGUGGUCCUUUAAGAAUACCUAAAAGACCCAGGAUAUAUGUAACGGAGAGUAGCGUAGGGAGUGUCUGACCAGCAGCCAGGUAUGGCUGUAACCGGCAGACAAUGUAGUUAUGUUCGAUAGGACCACACACACCCAUGUGACAGACAGAUUCUUUGAGGAUUAGUAUACAUUUAUAACAACUCUCGGUAAUACAUUGUGUACUAGCAACCUAGUCUGACAAUUGACACUGUGUUGCAUGCACUGAACAGCCACUUUUUCAGAGGUGUAACUACCUAACCCCGGAACUGUUUCUGCCCAGCAUCUGUCUGUCUAUUUAUUUUUCUUACUCACCUUCCUAUUGUAUAUUACCUUCACAUAGCAUAUUUAGAUUUAGAUUUGCGCACUGCCAUAACGAAACCACAAUAGUAGUGGUUGUGGCAAGUGAACGAGUUUGUGUGUGUGUGUGUGUGUUUUCUUUGUUUUAUUAAUAAAGAAUUUUAUUGAUUUUCUUUCUAUUAUAGCAUUAGGACAGAUUAUUCUUUCUUUUUUCAUUACUAUCUACCCUAGGGUUACCACCUAAACCUGAUCCUGCUCUUUCAUUUGGACCUAUACUGGGCUACCACUUCAUUAAACUUCAAUGAAUGGUCUUACCCUUAACAGUCAAACCAUAUUUUUUUUAUGCAUGGCAGUACCUUAUUGGCCUUUGCAACUGCUAAAUAACAUUGCACAUUUUUGCCUUGUCAACAAACUCUGUCCUGCACUGGCUGUGUGUUGCUCUAAAUAAAUAAAAAUAUCCGGUUUCUUCUGCUGCAGAAGACCAAACGCAGUGCAACACCCUGGUACGUUGUCAAGCAGCCAGCGAGCAAAUACUUAAAGGACCAAUCCACACCCCAAAAGCACUUCAGCUUGCUGAAGUGCUUUAUGGGUGACGAGUAUCCUAGUUGAAAGCCAAUUUAUAAAAGUGCCGAUUUCUCUGAGAAAUCAACACUUUUAUAACUUAUCUAGGGAACUCAAACAGUCAUGGAGGAUUGCUUCCACUGAGCUAACAGAAGUGGCACGCAGAUUCUGCUUGAGUGUGCCUGCCUCCCCCUCCCUCACAGACCUGAGACCAGCUUCUCUGUUGCAGACGGGCGCGUGCACAAGCAGGCGUGAGCUUGCACAUGACCAAGUCAGAGGCUUCUCAAUGAGAAGUCUCUGGUUAUUUUCCUGUGAAGAAAGUCUCUUCCUGGAAAAAAAGGACUUACAAAGGCUGCAGUCAUAAGAACUGCAGCUUUUUUAGUCUUUUAAGCUAUACCCCCACUGAAUACAUGCAUGGAAAUUCAUCCACGUAUACAUUGGGGGGGUAUGUAAACUAAACCGUGAUUUAUUUUUACUAGGUGACCGUAAAGUGCUCCUUUUAAGCAAAUUAAAUGACUAAAAUAAAACAACCUGGGUUUACCUAAACUCCUGUUAACCAGAAAAGUCCUAGAUAUAAUGCACCGAUCACCUCACACAAAAGCUGGAGAUGUUACGGUUAAUAUUGAUUUGAGUGGUCCACUAUUUGUAGCAAUUUAAAAAAAUAAUAAUAAUUUAUUCGGCUCUAUUGAUCUUUUUUUGAAGUCUUUCUCCUCGUGAUGCUAAUUAUAGUUGUGGGGUUUAUUAUACAUUGUUGGACAUAUUUUGAAACCAACUACCUGAACAUUUUGAAUUACUACUUUGGUUCUAUAUUUCAAGUGUUCAGUUGUGUACUGCACUUUUUUUUUUUUUUUCUUCAUACUGUCGCGUGUUGCCCUUAUAGAUGUGUGGAUGAGGCUCAAAUUUAGUAUACAGCACAGCAGGUUUGAAUUAACGUGUGUGUCAAAAUACCAGAGUAUUUUAUAGACUAGCUUUUGAGAGUUUUCAUCUCUUCCUCGGGUCUGAAACAAUACUCUUCAAUCUAGUUUAACACUUAAACCAACUGAUGUUAGAGAAGGGGAGGGAGGAUGAGUGGGGUGUCAUAAAUAGUGAAAGUGAAAGGUGCAAGUUGGCUAAGAAUAGACAGAAAAAGUAAAUAGAUGAGUCAAUAAGCUAGUUGAAAAGAUAAAGAGAAAACAAACAAGCAAACAAGAAAACAGCGGAGCAGGGCAUGCAAGUAAAUAGCUGCAUAUAUGUGUGCAUGUGUAUAUAUGUAUGUGUAUAAAUUGAUCCAAUAAAGGUGAAGCAAGAAUAUUGAAAACAAACUAUAGGGAACACAGGGACUGCCAGCCUCAAACAUAGGAGUCAACGGGGCGGGGGAAAACUGUCACAGACAGCCCAGAGCUGGCAUGAGGGUACCGUCCCAAGGCCCAUUCCGCUACACUUAAAUUUUCAUAGAAACGUAGGUUUAUUUUGAAAAGUACAGUAUGAAAAAAAAACAGCAUCCCCCUCUACUAAACCACAGCACCCCCCAUAUACUAAAUCUCAGCACCCCCUCUAGCCAACAAGCCGACUCCACUCACAUUGCCACUGCCAGUAUGUGACUCGGGCCUCUGGUAUACCCCAAAUGGCGCCGUCCGCACUCUGUCCCAAAGCAGAUCCUCCAGCUGCUUCUUGAAACCCUGUGAAGGUGGAGCACGUCGACAUCACGUCGGAAUGUGCUGUGGCGUUGCGUGCCUCCAUGCACCUCCAGGUACUUCACUGUCCAGCUGAGGCCAUCCUAACACUGACAGACACUCGCUCACACACUGACAGAUACACACAUUUACACUUUCUUGCACACACUCACAUAAUUUUAUUUAUUGCUUCCUACCUUUGGGAGCUGGUGUGGGACAUCUCCCUGGGGUCCAGAGGGGAUCUUCUCUCUGGAGAUCUCAUUCCUGCUCCCUCACGCGCAGUUUAGUGAGGACGGGUGCCGGAAUAUGAUGUCCUCUUCCGGCAUCACUGCAAACAGCGCGCACAAGGGAGCAGUGAGGAGCAGGAAGACUGAGCUCCUCCAGCAAUCUCUCCUAGUCCCGACUGGGUAAAUUUUAGCAGAGUAGGCACCUGCAGUGUGGAGAAUGCAGGUGCCUACUCUGCUUUAACACUAAGCAUGUGCUCGCCGGGCCGCAAAGAUGGUCCUUGUGUGACGCCCACGGGCCGCGAGUUCGACGUGCUUGUACUAGAGUGAUUCUUGUUUUUGUUCCUAUUCUUUGUAUUGUAGGAGCCUUUCCUGUGGUGUUUUAGGGCAAAUCUUUUUUUUUUUUUUUAAAUACAUAUUGUCCUUUUGCCUAAAUGACUCUGAUAGUGUACUCAGGUGCUAAUCCCUGUUUUUUUUGUGUCCGAGCAAAUGCAGUGAUAUCUGAUAGCCUGGCUGUAGAUGAUACCUUGUUUGGUGUGAUUGGGAUGGAAGCUGGAAUUGUGAAGGUAGCUGUACCUGUCUGUGGGUUUUCUUUAUGCAGACGAAUGAAGAAUGCCAUUGGUGACGGUUAUUGUGCAGUCCAAGAAACUCACUAUGAUUUGAAAAGUUUGUUUUAAGGUUUGAUGGGUGGAAUGAAUUGAAUGAUUUAUUAAAGUGUAUAAGGCUUUCUUCUCCUCCUUCUGUCCAUAUUAUGAAAAUAUCAUCGAUGUAACGGUAUGUAUAUAGUUUGUGGGCUGUGUACAUAAAAACCUGUUUUCUAGGUCCAUCAUGAAAAGAUUUGGGUAUUGGGGUGACAUAUUUGGGAGGGAGUGGGUAAGGGGGUGAUAGGGAGGGGGUAGUGUUGGUGUGGGAAGGAGUAUACUGGGGGAUACUGUGAGGUGUGGGAGGGAAGAAAAGAGGAAAACUCUCAAAAGCUUGUCUUUGAAAUAUGUUAGUCCAAUAAAAAAGGUACAAUUGCAUACUGCAAUACUCUGGUAUUUUGGCCUCUUGUGUACUGGACUAAUACGGCUAAUCCAGUCCACAUAUAUAUGAUAUGUAUAUGAUUAGAUAUAUGUUGUAAUUUAUUUUGUUUUUGUUUUUUUAAACUGGCACUUUACUUUUAAAUCAAAUACCUUGUGACAAACUGUGAGCAUUACAUCUGUAACCAAUGUUUUUGUGUGCUUGCCGUUUCUUUAUUGAAUUGUAUGCAAUCUGCUGGAUUUAAGCACCGGGCACAUCAUAGAUCUUUGGACCCCUUAGUGUAGGGCCCUUGUAGAAUUAUCUUUUACAUAAAUCUAUAAUGCAACCUAAACAUCCUACAUGUAGUGUGGUAGGUUAUAAUAUAUUUUAAUUUACUUUUUUUUUCAGGGAAGAACCAAUCUAUUUCAUACUUUGCUUAUGUUCCUGUACAUCAUAAAGACAAAAGAGUCUGGGAUGCUUGGGUAAGUGGAAUGCCAGCAAUUUUGUUCUAUUCGCUUUUUGAUUCAGGCUAUGCUAUAUAAUUAAGUGACUUAUGACCCACUAUAACAUUAUUUAAAAGUUGCACUGCUGAAGGCAACAGAAAAUUGCAUUAGUCUUGUCAGUAAAAGCAAAAAAAUCAAGAAACCACUGUGGUACUCCGCAGAUGUGGCCAACAUAGUAAAAAACAAAAAGUUAGCAUUUAGUAAUUAUAAAUAAAUAAACCAGAGUGAGGAAGACCGAAUGACCUAUAAGAUUAGCUAGAAAGAGGCUAAGCAAGUUAUAAGAGCUUACAAAUUACACAGAAGAGAAAAUAGCACAGUCAGUAAAAAAAGGACAAAACAUUUUUUAGAUACAUAAAUGAGAAAAGGAAAGUAAAACAAGGAUUAGUUAGAUUAAAAACAAAAGAAGGAAGGUAUGUAGAAGAUGAUAAAGGUCUAGCUGACUGCCUCAAUUAAUAUUUUUGUUCAGUAUUUACAGAUGAAAAUGAAGGAAAGGGGCAUUUGUUACAUGUGAGCUUACAGAGGAAGAGGUGCUAUUUCAACUGUCAAAAGUAAAGACAAACAAGUCAAUGGGACCUGAUGGAAUACACCCAAAGUUCAUAAAAAGAGCUUAAUGGUGUAUUUGCAAAACCAUUAACAUAUUUAUGUAACCAAUCAUUAACAAGAGUAGUCCCAGAAGUUUGGAAGUUAGCGAAUGUUGUGCUCUUUCACAAGAAAGGUAGUAGGGAGGAGUUGGGCAACUAUAGGCCUAUAAGCCUUCCUUCACUAGUGGGGAAAGUAAUGAAAACCAUGUUAAAGGAUAGGAUUGUUGAACAUCUAAAAUCACAUGGAUUUCAAGAUCAGAUACAUGGGUUUACUUCAGGGAGGUCAUGCCAAACUAAUCUUAUUGACUUUUUUGAUUGGGUAAUUAAAAUAAUAGAUCAGGGUGGUACAGUAGACAUUGCUUACCUAGAUUUCAGUAAGGCUUUUGACACUUGCACAUAGAAGGCUUAUAAAUAAACUGCAAUCUUUAAGUUUGGAUUCCAAUAUUGUUGGAUGGGUAAGGCAAUGGCUGAGUGACAGGUAACAGAUGGUUGGAGUCAAUGGAGUAUAUUUGAAGCAUAGUCUUGUCACCAGUGGGGUACCUUAGGGAUCUGUACUUGGACCCAUUCUCUUUAUGUUUAUUAGUGAUAUUGCAGGUCUUGUUGGUAAGGUAUGUCUUUUUGCUGAUGAUACUAAGAUAUGUAACAGGGUUGAUGUUCCAGGAGGGAGAAGCCAAAUGGCAAAUGAUUUAGGUAAACUAGAAAAAUGGUUUAAUGGUUGUUGAGAGUUGUGGCAACUAACAUUUAAUGUGGAUAAGUGCAAGAUAAUGCAUCUUGGACAUAAAAACCCAAGGGCAGAGUACACAAUAUUGGUUAGAGUCCUAACCUCAACAUCUGAGGAAAGGAAAUUAGGGGUAAUUAUUUUUUUUUUAUAUAUAUCAUUUUUAUUGAGGGUUCAACAUCAUAGUAUUACACAGUAGGAUCUAAUACAUUGGAGCCGUAAGAAACGGGUACAGUAACAGAUCUGAGUGGCAACUGAUUUCCAGUUACCUAAUUAUUCAAGCGAUGCUUCAGGGUGCCACAUAUACAACAGCUCCAUAGGCUGUUAUUCCGUAAUUGCUCUACUGGUUUCCUCAGAGUUGAGAGGUUUGCCAACGUGGCUAUAACCCUUGAUUUCUCAAGAAGAAAAAAAGGGGGGGGGGGAGGAUGGAAGUAGGUGGGAGAUGUCGGGAACUAGGGGGAAAAAAGAGGGGGGGGGGGUUUCGGGAUGCUCCCCUAUACAUGUGUAUUAGAGGGAGGUGUUCGUCGCCAUGCUGUCACGGUCAUCUACCAUUUGGACCAAAUGCCCUUAUACUUCAGUAGGGUACCACUAAUCGUGUGCGACAUUUCCUCAUACUGUUGGGUGAGAUUCACUUUGGUAAUUACCGACUGUAUGUCUGGUGCUAAGGUGGAUUUCCAUAGGGCAGCUAUUCGUUGCUUUGCAGCAAGCGUGAUGUGGGUGAUCAGUGAGGCCUCGUGGGCUGUUAUUUCGGGUGGCAUCAUAUGGAGCAGGUAAUGUUCAGGGGCAGGUGGUAGGUCUAUCCCUACUCUGAGUUUUAUCAGGUCUUGGAUUUGUUGCCAGUAUUGGCUGAGUGCAGGGCAGUACCAGAAUAUAUGGCUUAGGGUGCCUUCUUGUUGGUUACAGCGCCAGCACGUUGCCCGGGAGCCCGGGUAUAUUUCGGCCAGCCGUUGAGGCGUAUAGUACCAUCGAAGCCAUAACUUGUAGGCCGCUUCUACGUGGUCUAGGCAGUGUGUGGCUUUUUUUACUAAUGACAUGGCCCUCAUCCAUCUGUGCGGCUCAAAGGUACUGUUCAGCUCCCUUUCCCAUUGUAACAUGUAGGAUUGUUUUGUUGGCCUGUCUAAGUCUAAUAGGCGAUGGUAACAUAGGGACAAUGGCUUUUUGGGGGUUUUUUGGCCCAGGCACAUCGUGUCAAAACAGUUGUGGGGUUGUGUGAGCAUGGUUAGUUUUUUGACGUCUCCUAUUAUGUGUUUAAUACGAAUGUAUGUGAAGAUCUCCUUGUUAGGUAUGAGGUAUUUUUUCUGGAGGUCGGGGAAUGGUAGUAGACCAUCUAUUCCCAGGAGAUGUGAUAUUCUGGUCACUCCUUGUCCUAUCCAUCCCUGCAAGGGGAGGUCGUGAGUGUGGUGCUGGAGAGUAGUCAGCGGGGCAAGGGCUUCUAUGUUCCCACCGGUCAUUUUUGGGGCCCAUCUGAGCCACACCUGGAGUGAUCCCCUCGAUGUCGAGAGUAGCUUGGGAUAAUGGGGUUGGGCCUUUGUCGUGGUCCACAGUAGGUCGCCGAGGGAUAGAGGUGCGCUGAAUGCACUCUCUAGGUGGAACCACAUUGGGUAGUCUGAGGGAGCCAGAAGGCGUGCCAUCUGGGCCAGGUGUGUCGCUAGAUAGUAUUUGGUUAUGUGGGGCACACCCACCCCACCUCCUCCCAUGACCAUACUGAUGUUCGCCAGAGAUACCCUUGGUGGUUUCCGUUUCCAUAUGUGCGCAUUAAUGAGGCUUUGGAAUGCCCGGAGGGUGUACUUGGGGAGGGUAAUCGGUAGGGCUCUAAAAAGAAAUAGUAUUUGUGGGAGGAUGACCAUUUUGAUGGCAUUAAUUCGUCCUAGCCAUGAUGUGUUUUUGGUGCCCCAGCUAUCCAGCCGUCGUUCUAUGUCUCCCAUCAAUUUCCUAUGGUUAUGUCUUCUGAGUUUGGUUUUUGAGGGUGUCAGCUGUGUGCCUAAAUAAGAGAGGGUAUCCUUCCUCCAUUCGAAGGGGUGGAGUACUUUUAAGAGAUUCAAGUUGGGAUCAGGGCAGGUUCAUGGGUAGCACCUGUGUUUUUGCUAUGUUGUUUUUAUAGUAAGAUACACGGCCGUAGUCGUGCAAAAGGUGCAGUAGAGUGGGGAGUGAGUCUGAGGGCCUGGUGAGAAAAAGGAGGAUGUCAUCCGCAAACACUGCUAGUUUAUGUUGUCCCGUUGGUGAGGGGACCCCCGCGAUGUUAGUUUGCCUUGAUUUUGUGGAGUAGGGGUUCCAUUGCGAGAAUGAAUAUGAGGGGCGAGAGUGGGCAGCCCUGUCGUGUGCCGUUCGUCAGAUCAAAGCGUCUAGAGACGAAGCCAGAGCUCAUGACAGUCGCCCGGGGGGGAAGUGUACAGGGAUAAGAGUCCAGUCAGGAAUUGGGGCGGAAAAUUAAACUUGCGCAGGACCUCCGACAUAUAGCCCCAGUGGAGCCUGUCGAAGGCUUUCUCCGCAUCUAGGGCAACUAUAAGGCCUUGUAACCGGUCAGAGUCCAUGAGUUCCAUUAUGUCCAGGGCCUGUCUGGUGUUGUCCUCAACCUGGCGGCCCGGGACAAAGCCCGACUGCUCAGGUGAGACGAGUUGGCUUAGGAGGGGUCGGAUACGGUUUGCUAGGACCUUGGCGAAUAGUUUGGUGUCGGCAUUGAGGAGCGAGAUCGGGCGGUAGUUUGCACAUAGGUCUGUGGGUUUGCCUGGUUUGGGAAUUGUGACAAUUGUGGCUUCCAACAUCUCUGGGGGUAUGUUACCCGUGACUAGAAUGUGGUUAAAUAAUGCCGUGAGGUGGGGGAGUAGUUGGUCCUCAAACACCUUAUAAUAGUGUACGGAGUAGCCGUCCGGUCCUGGGGCUUUAUGUCUCGGGGUGUCUCGUAGUGCCCUGGUGAUCUCGGCUGGUAGGAUCGGGGUGGUCAGCGUUGCGGCCUGCGCGGUGGAGAGCUGGGGGAGAUGUAUACCCUCCAGGAAGGUGGCGAUGUUCUGAGGGGUGGGCUGGUGUUGGGUGGAAUCCCCGGAGAGAUUGUAUAAUUUUGCGUAAAAAGUAGCAAAUUCGUCUACAAUCGCUUUGGGGUUCAUGAUUUUGGUUCCAUGUUCAUCCUUGAUAUAGGGGAUUUUUACCUGGGAGAUUCUCGCCUUAAGCUGAGAGGCCAGCAGUUUACCAGCCCUAUUCCCCUGCCUAUAGUAAGUUGUUUUCAUCUUCCUAAUGGCUCUCUCUACCCGUUGCAUUUGUAGUGUUUCUAACGUGGAUCUAAUGUUUUGGACUUCGAGUCUAUGGGGUUCAGUGGGUGAGGCUUUGUGUCGUGAUUCGGCUAACUGUAAUUCCUUCAGUAGGGAGUCACUUUUUUCAGAUAGUUGGCGCUUCAGUUUUGCCCCCAUCUGUAUGAGUGCUCCACGGGUGACUGCCUUGUGGGCCAGCCAUGUCGUGGUGACGCUCGUGUGAUUGUAGUGAUUGACUUCGAAGUAAUGUGUUAGUGAUUUCUGGAUCUCAGAGGCCCUCUCAGGGUUGUCUAUGAGGGACUCGUUGAGCCUCCAUUGCCCCCGUCCUCGGACUGGGUGUAGUGUGGUAAAUGAUGAUGUGAGGGGGGCAUGGUCUGACCAGGUUAUCGGGGCAAUAGCGACCUCCGCUAGGGUAUCCAGGGUUUUAGUGUCGACCCAACACAUGUCGAUGCGGGAAUAUUGGUCAUGGACCUUGGAGUAAAAGGUGUAGUCCCUAGAGGCUGGGUAGAGUGCCCGCCAGGUGUCAUGCAGGUUAUGGAGAUGGAGGAGCGUCGUCAGUUUGUCCCCUAGGAGCUUGUCUCUUGGGUGGGAGCCCGGUGUCCCUGAUCUGUCUAGGUCAGGGUCUAACACACAGUUAAAGUCCCCGCAUAUCAUCGUCUGUCCCUUCUUUAGUUUGUCAACCUUUCUCAGUGCCUUUCGUAGGAAGUCGUACUGGUUGACGUUGGGGGGGGCAAAGGUUUGCUAUAGUCACCUGUGCGUCAUUGAGGAGGCCCACCAGGAUCAGGAGCCUACCGUCAGGGCUCUUGUAUUCCCUUUCACAUUGGAAGCUCCAGUCUGAGUGGAAUAGUGUGCUGACCCCUCUUGUCUUGUUAGGCGCUAGGGCGUGGUACGCUAGUGGAUAUGAGGAGGCCGAAAACUUUGGGGGGUUCGUGGCUGAAAAGUGGGUUUCUUGUAUGCAUGCGACCGAGGCCUUCAGGGCUUUCAGUUGAGAUAGGGCCAGUCUGCGUUUUUGUGGGGUAUUCAGGCCAUGGGCAUUCAGGGACACCAAGAGAAACUUGCUAGGGGGGCUCAUUGCAUUGGGGGUUGGGCGCCUCGUGGGCACAUCUGGGUGAUUGAGGUUGUCUCAUGGGUUUAACGCAGUAAGGCUUAGGGAGGUCCUGGGCAGAUACUUCGUCUCUUAGCCCAUGGUAGAAAGGGAGCAUCUCAAAGGUAGGGCCGGGGCAUGGGAAAUAACAGAGCUGAUAACGGUGGGAACAAAAAUAUACAACAUAAACCAUGUAUAUACAGAGCGAAUAGCUAAGAAGCAUUAUGGGGAGGACGCCUCCGCCGAGCGCGUACCCUCUAUUGUUCUGAGAGGGGGCUGCAGCGGCGAGUGGUGUCCCAAGAGAACUUCGGGGGGGGGGAGGGAGGGGGUUCUUCAGCGUUCGGUGAGGCCUAAACGCCUGUCACAGUCCAAUCACCCGGUAUGGCUGAGUAGCUGGAGUGGGGCAAACAUUCCCCGGGGCCCACAGGGGGGGGGGUCAGCGAAGGUUGCAGGUAGCAAGGGUGUGGGCCUAGGCCAGUUCAUGAGUCUCAUCAUAGCCUUCUAGGGCCUAGGAAGAUGUGAGGCGGGGGUGGAAGAAUCCUUCGCCCCCCUGGAGGUGUAAGUCCAGAUAAGUCUCUCCCUUGGGUAGCAUUCCCGGUUUCCGGGAGGGGGGCGGCCAGCCCGGGGUAUGGGGUGGCGGGAGGUGCUGGUGGUAAGGUGGCUGAGCGUGGUAGGGCCAGGGUACAGCUGUACUCACGUGCAGAUGUAAAACCUUGGUGUUGCCACAGUUCAUAGGACGGGUGUAGGCCUGAAGGGUGCCCCAGGGUUUGGAGAAUAAGCCGGCAGCGGCCCAUGUUAGGAGGAGCCGUGGUGGCGACAUUGCUCAGGCCUUUGUCCAGCUUGUGGCCACUUUCCGCAGUGGGGCCGGGGUCGUGGGAGCGUUGUCAGUGGGAAAUAAUCCCCAGGAUUUGAGGGUCUCCAUUCCUUGGGUCGGGUCUUCAACUUUGGUCAGUGAUCCAUUGCGCCAUAUCAGGAGUUUAGUGGGGAAACCCCAUCUGUAAGGCACUUUGUGGUUUCUGAGGCACUUUAGGGGUAAUUAUUUCUGAUGACUUAAAGGUAGGCAGACAAUGUAAUAGAGCAGCAGGAAAUGCUAGCAGAAUGCUUGGUUGUAUAUGGAGAGGUAUUAGCGGUAGAAAGAGGGAAGUGCUCAUGCCAUUGUACAGAACACUGGUGAGACCUCACUUGGAGUAUUGUACGCAGUACUGGAGACCGUAUCUUGAACGUAUUUAGAAAAUUGGGCAGACUAGAUGGGCCAAAUGGUUCUUAUCUGCCGUCACAUUCUAUGUUUCUAUUAAAUUUUAAUUCCGUGGUGAGUAGGACUCUUCCCAUAUUUUGCUAUGGUAUUAAGCACUCAAAGUAGCUAGUCAAAGAUCAGGCAAAAAAGUAGAGGAAAAAGAAAACCGUCCUAAAACAUGGCAACUAAAAACCUACUAAAACCCUAUUACAAAGAUUAUCCGUUAAAAUAUUUAAAGUGUAAUAAGUGAUGUGGGAUUACUAUAUUAAAAAAAAAACCAAAAAAAAAAUCCCUGAACAAUACAAAGCCAUGGGUUCACUCAAGUAUUUAGGAAAAGGUGUGCAAUUAUACACUGCGAGGUCGCAAGGACUUUCCUAUUUUGGAAGUCCUAAUGCGAUCGUCGCCCAUGUGCAUUAGGUCCUCCCCGGCUGCUGGCAGCACUGGAAUAGGGUAAUUGAUAAAGUGGCGAGGGGGGAGGCCAGCAUGAAGGGGGGGCGCACUACAGGGAGAUAUCGUGCUAGGAAAACAACUUUGUUUUUCUAGCACUGUAGUUUCCCUUUAAGUUUUUAAUUCACUUUGAAUUCUCACUUGAACUUAAAGGCACUAACAGGGUUAUUACUCUAAAGGUUACUACAGGGUUAAAACUCUCUUUGGGGGUGGGGGUUAUGUGAGAUGUAUAAUACAUGACUAAUAUAUGUGAUUUUCUGAAUUUGUUUUUCAGGAGAGUUAAUCUUGGCUUAUCGGGUGUGAACAUCUUAUGGAUAUUUGGUGAUCUUUGAUACUAGGCAUAACCAUUGUUUGAAGAUUUUACUUUAUUUUUCCACUUUUUGGAGGGUGUGGAUGGGGAUUUUAUUUUAGUUUUUUGGGGGGGGGGUUUUGUUUUUUUUCAUGACCGCUGUAUUUUUAUAGUAUCUAGAUUUAUUUAUAAUGGUUUUCAAGAGACUUAUUUUUCUUCUAGAUUUUUGUAUAGCUUUGGAGACAAACUUCUUAAACAAGAUACCUGACAAAUACGUAGAAAGACCUUGCAGUAGUGUGAUUUGUGGGAAAUCAGUUUGAAAAUAUCUGCACCAGCAAAAACUAUGGGUUACAUCUACAUGUGCAUCUACAUUCUCUAGCACCACUGAAACCAUUUACAAACUUUUUAAAAGUGCAGACUGAACAUUUUUAGACUUUUUUUGUUUUUUUCAGUGUGUUAAAUUAACUUUGCUAUUUGUAACUUUUUUUUAUUUCCCUUGCCAAAUUCUAUUUUUGAACUUUGGUUUGUAUCUUUCAUGUUUGACAGUACCAUACUAGGUCAAUGAUUACUGAUACAAUUCCAAAUAUAAAUAAAUUUUUUGGUUUUUUUGGGAACAAACGUAAUUUCUCCAUGCGAGUUCAGAUCAUUUAUUUACAGAUUUCCACCAAUGGCCAUAUCUAAAAUAUAUACAUCCUAUAUCUCUUUACUUUUUUUUUUUUUUUCUAGCACUAAAUAAUUGACACAGAAUUUGGUCUAUAAUACCAUUUGUUAAAUUACACACUUUUUUAUUUUUUCGUACCAAAAAAGGGUCUUGCUAGUAAACAUUUUUUUAAAAUUUAUUUAUUUAGCAUCAGACUUAUAAAUUAAAGGCCAACAUAGCAAAGUUGAAAAAAAAUUGCUCGCUCUGCAAAGUUGAAGAUCUACCACACCCCCAAAAUUCUUUAGACAAAAUUGAUAAUUGUGAUAAGUCACCUUUACUCGUGUAUAAACCUCCAUGUUUAAACUGGAUUUGGCAUUAUUUAUAGUGUUUAAUGUCUUUACCAAAAAAAAAGUUCUACAGAAUCAAGUAGUCAAUGAGCUGACUUUUCUUAUAAUUGUCUUUUAUUUUUGAAUAUGAAAAACAGAUGUAAAAAAUACUAUUAUCCCUAAUGCAGCAAACUGUGUAAUAUACCAGUGCUAAUGUUUUGAAUAAAUCUGUUUUUAUAACCUGCUAUUUGUAAUUCACAACUAAACAAAAAUAUAACAUUUUUAUACUAAAUAAUGUAAUUCUUUUAAGUUAUACAGCUGCAAGAAAAAGUAUGUG